AGCGCGCAGCCAUGGGGCAGCUGUCGGCACGCUGCCUGCAGAGCCGCCUUAGGUAGCCGGAGCGCGGCGUGUGUGUGUGGCCAUGGCCGGCUGGUGGCGAAGGCUGAGGGGGCGCCUGGGCGGCGGCCUCGCCUGCUACUGCCUGCUGCUGCUUUCUGCCUCGGCGCUGGCCUGGGCGGCCGAGGAGGAGGAGGCGGCGGCGCGCGCGCAGACCUUCCCUCAGCCGCUCUCCAACCUGGCGGCGAGCGCGCGGCGCUUGCUGGUGGCCAGCGGCAAUCGCUGGUACGAAGUGGAGCCCUCGCUGGCCUGGGCGAAGGAGCACCGCAGCAGCCCGGCGCUCGACUCGGGGACGACGGUCAACAAGCUCCUGCUGCCCUUCGGCGACGACCGCCUCCUCACCUGUUGGACGAAGCCGCAGGGCUCCUGCUACGAGGAGCGCCUCGGCGACGACGCCAACGCUACCGUUUUCGGGCAAGAGGUGGUGACCUGCUUGCGGAAAGGCUCCGCCGCCGGGUGGAUCUUUGCCCGCGGCUCCGAGUGGCGGCUGGUGGUGGCCACGUCUCGCCGACUGAACGAUUCCAGCGACUUGGAUCCAGAGUGCCUCGCAAAGGGCGACUCCAAAGUGGCCGUCGCUCUCCAAGAGCGCCAGAAGGCGGUCCCGGAAGACCACCGGCUGCUGGUGGGCGACGGCUGCUACUUGCACUUCGCGGACGCGUUCCUGUGGAGCGGGCAGUUCUUCUUUCCUUAUUAUCACUGCAGCCUCAGCAUGGAGCCCAAGAUGCUCGUGGCCAACCAGAUGCCGGCAAACCGGUUCUUCGGCCACGGCCAGGCCAUCUUGCGCUGCGGCGGCAGCGGCGGCUUCACCCGGAGGAUCCUCUCUUCCAACUACAUCCAGAAGCGCGGGCUCUGGGUCGGCGUCUUCGGCUCGGCCGAGGGUCCGGCCACUCCGACCUCCACGGCCCUUUGCAUCUUCAACCUCAGCCAGGUGUCGAGCGUUUCGGAGGGAUGCGCCCUUGGCGAUUCGAACACGAUCUGCGCACACGAGCCUGCGGAGACAUGCGUGAGUAGUCUUGGUUAUAGGUUGAGCGUUGUUGCCCUGCGGAAUCGGAGACCAGAGGGCCGGCUCUAACAGCGCACCGUCGUUGUUGCCGGCUGGUCUGAUGCUCAAGGUAGACCGUUUUAAAGAUGUGAAAUAACUUUGCGGCCUCCUUUGCGCUUGCAACAACCCCAUAAGGUCGGUCGCGCUUUCUAGCCUACUGGGUGAGUUAAUAGCAGCUGAGACACAGUGAGUUUUCUAGGUCAGUAGUGAAACACAUUGGGGGCAUUACUCCCCUGGGUUCCUAACUAUUCUUUUCUUUUUCUUAUGUGGCUUAAUGUCACAAAGAGGCAGUCUGUAACAGGAUUUCACUUUCGAUUUUUUUAUCAAAUUAUCUCCCCACCCAAAAGGCAAAUCUACAUUAACUGGGGAGGGAAAAUACAGGCUGGCAUGUACAGCAGUGAUGCUGUGUAGGUGCUGCAAAAAUAGGGUUGCCAUAUUUCAGAGAGUAAAAUUCCUGACACCUGCAAAAUUGUUGAGCUGUUUUUUAGGACACCACCAAAAUUGUUGACCUUUUUUAAGGAAACCACCAAAAUGCAAAAAUCUGCUGCACUGAUCCCACAAUAAAAUACCCUAAGCAUCUUGGAAGUACCACCAUAUAAACACCUACAUUUUCUGUUCAGUUACUCUCUCCCAUCCCCUAAUUUAGAUAUGGAGGGAGAAGUAAAAAAAUAAUCUUGCAUGUACCCUGUGACUCUUAAGAAUAUUCCUGUCUUCACUGUCAAUAUUUGUAACUUAAGGUACAUAGAAAAAAAUACUAACUAGUACAGGGCAGAACAGGAAAGAGUGUAAGCUUUCUGUGUAGGUUUAACCAUAAGUUUGAAGUUGUCCAUAUUAAUGAAUGCUGCUGCUGCUGUUGUUAUUCCAAUUUAUUAUCUGCCCUUCACCCUAAGGUUCAAGGGCAAGUUGCAACAAUUAAAAUGCAACAUUAAUAUUAAAACACAAUAUAAAAUUGUUUUUCAACAACUUAAAAUUACUAAAACAAGUUAGGUCCUAAAAAUAUUCAUUUCACAUGUCAAAAGCCAGGGUGAACAGGUAUAUCUUCCACAUUUGCAAAAAGUUGUAUGAUGGUGUGAAACAGCUGUCAAAAAGUUUUGCUGAAAUAGAAAGAUUGGUAGAAAAAGAAAAAAGAUAAUACCAAGCACCCAGAAAUUCCAGUAUUUGGAGAGCUUUUAAAAAGAGUUAGACAAAUUAAUGAAAGUAAAGUAAAAGCUUCCCUGGAAAAGACCCUGAUGUUGGGAAAGAUGGAGGGCACAAGGAGAAGGGGAUGACAGAGGACGAGAUGGUUGGACAGUGUUCUCGAAGCUACCAGCAUGAGUUUGACCAAACUGCGGGAGGCAGUGGAAGACAGGAGUGCCUGGCGUGCUCUGGUCCAUGGGGUCAUGAAGAGUCGGAAAUGACUAAACAACAACAACAAAGUAAAAGCUACAGUAGUACCUCAGGUUACAGACUCCACUAACCGAGAAAUAGUGCUUCAGGUAAAGAACUUUGCUUCAGGAUGAGAACAGAAAUCGCAUGGCGGCAGCAGGAGGCCCCAUUAGCUAAAGUUAAGGUUUAGGACAGGUGUCAGGUUAAGGACAGUUUCAGGUUAAGAACGGACCUCCGGAAUGAAUUAAGUACUUAACCCGAGGUACCACUGUACUGGCCAUGAUGGCUAUUCUGCACCUGCAAGGUUGAAGGUUGUACAAGGGGAGAGUACUUUCACACUUAGAUCCUACUUGUGGGCUUCCCAGAGGCAUCUGGUUGGCCAUUGUGAGAACAGGAUUCUGGACUAGAUGGGCCAUUGGUGGGAUCCAGCAGGCUCUAAUUUAGAAGAAACUUUCACAGGGAAUACUACACAAAAGUUUACUUAUGGGUGGAAGACAGCGUCACAACUGAUAAUGGGUAGCUAACUUAAGGAAGCAUGGUGAACUUACUGCAUUAGGGUUGUGGGGUGAGACCUAUGACAUGGGAUGCAUUUCUCUGGAUAUGUUGAACCCAACAACAACAACAACAAUUGCCCUUCACCGCAAGGUCCUAGGGAAGGUUAAAACAACAGCAAGUACAGUGGUACGUCGGGUUAAGAACUUAAUUUGUUCUGGAGGUCCGUUCUUAACCUGAAACUGUUCUUAACCUGAAGCACCACUUUAGCUAAUGGGGCCUCCCGCUGCCGUCGCACCACCAGAGCACGGUUUUCUUUUCUCAUCCUGAAGCAAAGUUCUUAACCUGAGGUACUAUUUCUGGGUUAGCAGAGUCUGUAACCUGAAGCGUAUGUAACCUGAAGCGUAUGUAACCUGAGGUACCACUGUACAGUUAAAAACAAAGUACCGUAUUUUUUCGCUCUAUAAGACGCACCAGACCACAAGAGGCACCUAGUUUUUGGAGGAGGAAAACAAGAAAAAAAAUAUUCUGAAUUUCAGAAGCAAGAACAGCAAGAGGGAUCGCUGCGCAGUGAAAGCAGCAAUCCCUCUUGCUGUUCUACCUUCUGGGAUAGCUGCGCAGCCUGCAUUCGCUCCAUAAGACGCAUACACAUUUCCCCUCACUUUUUAGGAGGGAAAAAGUGAGUCUUAUAGAGCAAAAAAUACGGUAAUCACCUGCAAGUGCUGAAAGGCUGAGCAGAUGUAACUCUAUAGGAGAAGUUCAGCCAACAUGAAUUAUCGUCAAGCCCCCUUUGGUUUCAGAGAGAUGCUUCACUUUCCCACUGCAACCAGCGCACUUACUGUUGGAUGAGUUGGCAAAAAACGAUGUCCUGCUAGCUGAGCAUAUAUAAAAGAAGAUCUCAUGAUGUUGCUCAACAUAGGAAGCAGAAAGUUGGGUUUGCAGUGGCAAGAAAGUUACUCAACAGCUUUGCAAAGAAAGGCUUUUCUAUUUGAAAUGGCAAGUCAGCUCACCACAUGCAUGUGACCAAAUUAAAAAAAAAAAUGCUUCUUGUACAUUAAGUGCAUCCUUUAUUAAGCAUUGACAUAUAAAUCUCUGCAACCACUCCUGGGGGUAAAACAACAGUUUGCUGUAGUGUUGUCCAUUAUCUAAAACAGCUUGCAAGGCAGAACAGCGUUUUGUUGUUGCUGGUAUCAUAAGGAAAUAAGAAGAGUCUGCUGGAUCAGGCCAGUGGCCUAUCUAGUCCAGACCCUGUUCUCACCAGACUCACCAGAUGCCUAUGGGAAUUCCAUAAAGCAGGACCCAGGUGCAAGAGCACUGUCCCUUCACGUGGCCUCCAGCCAGAGCAUGGGCAUCAAGACUAGUAACCUUUGCUUUACCUCCAUUCAUUUGUCCAAUCCUUUUAAAAAGUUGUCCAAGUUGGUUGCCUCCUGUGGGAGUGAAUUUCAUAGUUUCAUGACAUGCUCUGUGAAGCAACUUUUUCCCCUAUCUCGAAUCUUCUAACAUUCACUUAUCCACAAUCUCUAGUUCUUUGAGAGAGGGAGUAAACCUUUUUCUGUGUGCACUUCAAGUCACACAAUGGUGAAAAUUCAUUAUUUGGAUGAGGGUUUCCCAAACUUGGGUUGCCAGCUGUUUUUGGACUACAACUCCCUAGCUAGCAGGACCAGUGGUCAGGGAUGAUGGGAGUUGUAGUCUAAAACCAGCUGGAGAACCAAGUUUGGGAAACCCUGAUUUAGAUUAUGGUUGGAGAACCUGUGACGAGUCUAGAUGUUCAGCAUUCUGGAUACCUUAGUAUGAAAAACAAGAAGAAAAUAGGUUGCCAACCUAGUAAAAAAAUAGAAAAAAUAGAAAUACACAGAGUAUACACAGUAUCACAUUUUAAACCUGUGCUGUGGAACAUUGUUGGCUAUGUGGACCUUAUUUGGCAGGUGGGCAGGACAUCACAUAGUUAGGACUUGAAAGCACCUUGCAUAGCCAUCCCAGUAGUCUUGGCUCUACCGCUCAGCAACUGAUGGGAGUUAGAGUCAAAGCUUGCUGUAGGUUGCAUGAUGGAGUUCCCUGCAGUGAAUCCCCUUCCACACGUGUUCCAGCAGACUUCAAAUAACAUAUAUUUAAAGGAAAGAUAAUAAAAUGAGCAUCUUUAACCCAACCAGCCACCCUGGCUAUAAAACUGUUUUAAUAAACAGGAAAACAAGUUGUUUGUUUUUUACCGUUGUUACAAUUUUCUUCUCAAAAUGUGUAUUCUGUAUCAUGAAAAGUAAAUAAAAUCAUCCUCAUCAUCAUUAUUUUAAAGUGUAAGGAAGAGUCCCUCAGGCCUUUACUAGUCUGGUCGCUGUAACCUAGGGAUGGGCCCCCCAACAUGGUGCCCUUGUCAACCCUGCUUGGUUCCCACCAAGGCCCCCUGCACCUCCAAAUUUUUAUUUUAAAUUGAGGUGUGGUUUUGUUUUUUGGUUGUGGGCUGGUUGCAUAUUUUGUAGCGCCCAAGACUGUCCCUUACAUUGGUGCCCUUUGGCCCUAAGACGUUAGGAACCUGAAAGGAAUGGGAGCAGUGCUUGCUGCAAAUGGAAAAUGUUCAGGCUGCAUGAGAUGUUUAGAAAAGUAAAGCCUCUUCUGCAGAGAGCCCGUCUAAAGAUGAGCAACUCUGUUCUGCAGGCUUUCUCAGAAGUAUUUCAAUGGGCGUCCUUCCAGUAGAUGUAUUUGGGAUUGCUGCCCUGGAUGUGUACCAUGAGACUGAAUGUUGUAGAAUGGGAAAUCACACUUGGCGGAUAUUUUGUGCCUUGUCUAGAUAUUUUUGUUUUCAGAUUACAGUGGUACCUUGGAAGUCGAACGGAAUCCGUUCUGGAAGUCCGUUCAAGUUGAAAAACAUUAGGAAACCAAGGCACGGCUUCCCCCUGCAGCCAUUUGGAAGCCUUGGAAGCUGCUUUGGACGUUUGGGUUCCAAAGAACGUUCACAAAUCAGAACACUCACUUCCAGGUUUGCGGCAUUCGGGACCCAAAACAUUUGACUUGUAAGGCGUUCGAGAUCCAACGUAUGACUGUACUUCUAACCCCCAGUUAAAGGACCUGUACAACUAUUCAGAAACUUACAUUGGCACACUGGUUGUUUAAAUACUUUAUUUUUAUAUGCCAGAUAUGUUCAACCGGUCAACCGCAAUGUACAGGUAGAUCGCCGUGGUGACCCUGGUCGAUUGCGGAAAUGUUUUGGCCCUAUGCCCCAGGCACUUUGUCCCUCCUCCACCUAAUCUGCAGCAAAGAAAGUUGGGGCAGGCGGGAAGCACAAGUAUUGUUUCCUGGCAGCGUCAAGUGACUAUCCUCCCCCCCAAAAGCUCAAUAACACUUGCCAACCCCCUAAAAAAGCUCAACUCUUGGCAGUCCUCCCCCCGAAAAAGCUCAACAACUCUGACAAUGGGUAGAUCACUGCCAGUUUUUUUUAAUAGUGGGAGUAGAUCACAGUCUUUAGGGAGUUGGACGUGCCUGUUAUAUACCGUUAAAUCAUAAAGAAUAUAUCACAGCAGUUUACAACAGUAUAAAGAUAUAAAAUGAAACAAAAAUAAUAAUAAAAAGUUGGAAACAAGCUGAAAGCACUUAUUGUUACGGCUGUUCAAGUUGCCAUGGUGACUAUGAGGUAGAGCUCCACAAUUGUCCUCCUCUCACACUCUCGCCACUGGUGAGUGUUCCUCAUUAUGUGGUGAGCAUACCUUUCCUGGCUUCUCUGUAAACUGGAAAAAAGGGAAAGGGUUCUGCCAAAAAUAGAAGUUGUGCAAGGAUGUUCUAUCUUCUGCAAAAGUCUAAUUAGAAAUUAAACAAUAACCUUUUGCCCCUAGUAGUCUAGUUCAUAUUUGCAUAGGACUAGGGGAUGCUGAGGGGCCUUUGUUUCACAUCCAUGAAGGCAAGAAGCACUUGCACCAUAUCUUGCUUUCUCCUAAACCCCACAUGAGGUAAAACAACACCCCCUUCUUCCACAAAUCUUCUGCAGGUUCUAGAGGACUGAUAUGGGAGGAAUUGAGUUUUGUUUCUUUUCCAGCAUGGCAUUUGUAGAAAGCAGAAGUCUCUUGCACUGAUUCUGCUUUGGGAAAAACUCCAUAAAGUGUAUCCCAUUGUUCUACACCUUAUAUGUUACCCAUAAAGGUAAAGGGACCCCUGACCGUUAGGUCCAGUUGCAGACAACUCUAGGGUUGCGGCGCUCAUCUCUCUUUAUUGGCCGAGGGAGCCGGUGUACAGCUUCUAGGUCAUGUGGCCAGCAUGACUAAGCCGCUUCUGGCGAACCAGAGCAGCGCUUUUGUCUUGUGGAUGGCAAAUUUAGUUUUCGUUGUUAUUGUUGCUGCUGCUGUUGCUGUUGUUUUGGCCUAGUCAAGAGUUAUGUGAAAAGAACAAAACACAGUAAUAUACCCCUCAAAAAUAAUUUAUUGGACUGCCUUAUGCAGACUGCAUGAAUAUAAAGGGUAUGUCUGUAAUCUGACAAGAAUGUUAGCUUUUAUAGUUAAUGAAUUUCUUUUUAACAUACUGCGUGUCUGAUCUAGCUGUUUUCAAAAUGGGGUGCAUUUUAAGCAUAGCUUUCUUUUAAAUAGGAAUUAAGUCACAGAAGUCCUAUAAGCCUUCAGAUAAAUAAGUCUGAUGAAAGAUUAGCAUAGUGAGCCAUCUGGCCUGGCCAGGUGUUUUGUAUAUACGUACAUUCAGAGAAUGAGAGAGAUAACUUGGCUACAGAAUGAGAGGCAAUACAGUGAAUGAUGCUGGAAGGAGGGAUGAUCUCUCUAUCACAAUCUGGUCUUAAGACAGAGUUGUGUUACAGUUAACACAUUCCCAUCAGCACAUUUUUUGUGAAUUCUGUGUGGCCCAAUUCAGAGGACUAUAAAGCCUUACAUGGCUCUGGACUUCAAUACCUUAAGGAACGCCUUUCCCCCACACAGAGCGACCUGGACCCUACACUUGUCAUCAGAGGCUCUUUUCUAUGUCCCUACUCCCAGAGAGGUUUGGAAGGUGGCAACAAGAGAACAGGCCUUUUCUGUGGUGGCUCCCUGAUUGUAGAAUACUCUCCCCAGAGAGGCUUACCUGGCCCCAUCAUUACAUGUCUUUACCCAGGCCUAUAAUCUAUGGCCUGUAAAAGUGUGGGGAACAGGACUGUUAUUAGGAUGGUUAUUUUAUUAUAAGGCUCUUUGUCAGUAUGCUUUUUACUAUAUUUUUAUCAUUGAUGCUCUGUAUUGUGUUUUUAAUGUAGUACACCACCCUGGGAUCUUUUGAUAAAGGGUGGUAUAUCAAUUGAAUUAAUAGUAUUAGUAGUAGUAUUGCAAGACCAAAUCAGAUCUGUGCCAAAACUUCAGAUGCCUUAAUGGUAUUCCAUAGGCUUGGAGCAUCCUGUUGCGUCUUUUUGUGCCAUUUAAUACUUGCACAACUUGUCUGUUAGCUUCAGUGGAGUAAGUGCUAGCUAAAACAAAUACACAUUUUAUAAAGAAGGAUAAAGUUUGCACAGUGUGGGAGGGCUUCUGGGGGAGGACUACAGUAUGAUUGUGUCUUGCACAGGGGUUACAUUCUGGGGAUGAUGCAUAUAAGCAAAAGCACAUAUACCAGUACCUGAACCACUCCUUUGAAACCCCCCCCCCCAACAACCAUCCUUUUCUUACAAGAAAGUCAGAGAACUUUUAAGCUCUCAAGACCUGCUUACUAAGGUCUGGGAUGCUCUUGUGAGAUCUCACAGGGCCAUCCAAGUUUCCAUAAGAUAUUGUGAGAGCAUCCCAGAGCCUGGUACUAGCAAGUCUGAGUGCUUAAAAGCUCUUUCCACACUGGGAAAACCCAGUGCAGAAGGAGCUUUUAAGCUCUCCACCUUGCGUGCAAUUGAUCUGCAAGAUUCCAGACAUUCAGCUUUCAACUGAGUAAGGUUGAAAUUGCUCGGGUUAGUUGUGCAUAGGAUGCGAUCCUACUACAUUGUCAGUGCCUUCCUGCAUAACUUCAGUUGGACAACAUUAGCAGAGAACAGCUAUGGAACUUCCCCAGCCAUGUUUGUUCCAGAAGAUAUUGGACUCGUUACCUCCAUCCUGCAUCCUUGCUUGCAUGACUGAUUGUUAAUGAUGAUGGGAGUUGAAGAAGAGCAACAUUUGGAGAGCAUCAUGUUGGUUACUCAUUUAGGGUGAAGAUCAUCCCCACUGAGUGCCUUCUAGCAGCUUCAGCUGGUGGCCCAACGAUGACCCUUUGUGGACAGGGAUAAUUGGCUACAGUAAUCUAUGAAUGUUCUCACAGCCUCAAUACAGUGGUACCUCGGGUUACAUACACUUCAGGUUACAUACGCUUCAGGUUACAGACUCCGCUAACCCAGAAAUAGUACCUCGGGUUAAGAACUUUGCUUCAGGAUGAGAACAGAAAUUGUGCAGCAGCGGUGCAGCGGCAGCAGGAGGCCCCAUUAGCUAAAGUGGUACCUCAGGUUAAGAACAGUUUCAGGUUAAGAACAGACCUCCAGAACGAAUUAAGUUCUUAAUCUGAGGUACCACUGUAUUGGAUUACUGCAGUGCAAUUUAUGUGGAGCUUUCUUUUGGAGAUGGUUUGGAAACUGCAGCUGGUGCAGAAUGCAGCCACUUAAAUGUUAACAGGAUCAAGGUGAGCCCAUCUUAAAACACUGGUGUUGGCACAGCUUCAUUGUCUUUGAAAUAUACUCAGAGUCUUCCUAUAUGUUUCUGGGCCCAAUUCAAAGUGCUGGUUCCUUUGUGGGAGUGCCUCUGGACCAUUCAAUCUUUGUUUAAGGCCCUUCUGUUUUCCCCUCUUAAGAAGGAAGGUUAGGAGGGUGGGUUCUUUUCUGUGGUUUUUUCUUUUUUUGGUAUGGGUUAUUGAAAUAGUUUUAUUGAACACAUUGUUUUUGUUUUGUGGAAUUCUUCUUGGUUCUUAAUCUUUGUAAGUUGUCACUGUAGUAAGUGAAGGAUAAGUCAAAUAAAUUACAAUAAUACAAAGCAGUAAUGCAGUAAUGGUAUUAAGCUGGCUGUGGGUGGUGAGAAUUUUAGUCCAACCACAUCUGGAUUAGGUUGAAGAAAACACUACUUUAAAGCAUACCUCUUUUAACUAAGUGUGACAUUUGUCAUGCAGUUUAGUCCCAUUGACACCAGUGGAACUUUUCUUCUUACUCCAACACCCCCCCUCCAAUUCCAACCUGGGUUGUAGUGAGGACAAGGAAUUAAAGUUCUGCCCUGGAAUGUUUUUGUAUUUAAACUUUAAUGUAUUAAUGAUAUAGAUUGGUUAAUGCUUUAUAUCUCUUGUACACCACCUUGGGAUGCCACAUUAAAGGUAAUCAAAAAUGCCUAAUUAAAAUAAGAACCCCUCUCCAUGGCUGGGGCUGAUGGGAAUCACAGUCCAAAAAAGCAUGCAGUUGGGAAGGCUGGGUAAAUAAAAGACAGCUGUGCAGAGCCAAAUUAUCUCACCAGUGUCAAUGCCCUAAGUCUGCCAUCACUAUGUGUAGUUUAGGCCAUAGAUGCUUAGGUUCCUUGGAUGUUAAUUUCUGUCAAAAUUUUCAAGUGUUGCUGAUGGUGUAGUCCAGGCUUCCUCAAACUUGGCCCUCCAGAUGUUUUGAGACUACAGUUCCCAUCAUCCCUGACCACUAGUCCUGCUAGCUAGGGAUCAUGGGAGUUGUAGGCCAAAAAACAUUUGAAGGGCAGAGUUUGAGGAAGCCUGGUGUAGUCACACUCUUCCUCCCACCUUUUGUAGAUAUGCUGUAUUUAAUGGACCACAUUGUGUUCUCCUGCUUUAUGGAAAAACAAAGGAAUAUUGAAGCACUUCCUCUUUGGAUAAGACGGCAAAACUUUUUAUUUCUUUCUUGGUGUUACAACGUUGUUUUCCUGUCUUGUUUAAAAGUGGUUGUGAAACUGUACAGGGGUGAGAGCUGAGAAACCACAUAUGUUGAUCGCUCAGCAUUCCAUGCCCCUAACACUUUAGACCACAAACAGCAUUGGCAGAUGCUGCAAUAGCAGCAUAUAUUUUUUGGAAGUACAGCACAACUUCAUACAAACAUGUAAUUAAUGCCUGGAGCUUCAAUAAUAUGGGAGAUUGAGUGGCAAAACAUCAAAUUAUAUUUUGUGUUAAAUUUAUGUACAAGUUUUUUCUUCAGCAUCCAAAACACAAACAUACCCAUGAACCUAAUAUAUAAAAUGGUGUUUUAUGUACUCACAAACAUGAUAAUCCAUCAUACAUCUUUUUGUAAAUAUUGUAUAAAUGGAUCAUGAUGUUUGCUUGUAUAGUAUAGCAUCAUUUGAUAUAUAUAUUAGGGUUUUGUGUUUGUGUUGUUUUGAGUUGAGCCACUUUAAAUGAAAUUGAGUAUAUAUGACAGAGGGGAAAGUCGGCUGGAUUCAAUUUCCUGUACUCUCCCUUUACUGUUAGGUGGAAUUUAAAAACAUUUCUGUUCACCCAGGCAUUUGAUUGCUGAAAUAUAUUGUUCCUGACAAUCUUGAAAUUAUUUACCUGUGAGGAUAUUUGAUCGUUUCUUAAUGUUUUCCAUUUUGCUGUAUGCUGCACUUUGGUUCCUUUGGAAAGAAGGAAUGUGAUUGAAAUUUAAUUAAUAAAUAAUUAUUAAACAACACUUUUUUCCUAAAGGGUCCCCUUUGAAAAACAUGCGGUCCCCUUGCUUUGCAUAAACUCUCUUGGAUUGAAGAUUUGACUGUCUUCAGAUGGUUAACUUUUGUAGUUUUCUUUGCUCUUCCCGUCACAUGAGCAGGGACACAAGCCAGCAAACCUAGUUAACCACAGCUUCUUGUUACAUUCAGUUUGAACCAGGGAACUAUGGUUAAUGGCUCCCAACUUUGCUUCCAAAUCCUGGCUUGUUUGAAAGCUGUUAAUCAUAGCUAUCAGUUUGGACAUAAAAGGAAGCUAUGAUUAACUGUGACUUCCUUGCUUGUUUACCAGCUGGUGCUAAAGGAGGGGUGAACUGGGAGAAAAGGGAUGCAUGAGAGAGUAUUGUUCCUGCAUAUCAUAGCUUCUAAAGCAAAGAUCAUGAUGUCUGAAUGGGGUCCAUCAUGCCCAGUUAAAUAAGUGCUUAUUGUUGCAAUUUUUUAAUAUCCUUUUAAAAAUAUCGAAUUGCAGCACAGUUUUUCAUUUCUUUGGUUUUUGGCCUUUACAUUUUCCUGAUUUUAUAGUUCAGGUCCCCACCUAAUUGUUUAUUUGUGUUUGCAAUGAUUAACUGAUUUAAUUAAACUGGUCUCCACCCCCAUCGCUCAGCCCGGACACUGAGGUCCAGCACUGAGGGCCUUCUGGUGGUUCACUCACUGCGAGAAGCCAAGUUACAGGGAACCAGGCAGAGGGCCUUCUCAGUAGUGGCGCCCGCCUUGUGAAACACCCUCCCAGCAGAUGUCAAGGAAAUAAACAACUAUCUGACUUUCAGAAUACAUCUGAAGGCAGCCCUGUUCAGGGAAGUUGUUAAUGACUGAUGUUUUAAUGUAUUUUUAAUAUUUUGUUGGAAGCCACCCUGAGUAGCUGGGGAAAACCAGCCAUGUAUGUAUGUAUGUAUGUAUGUAUGUAUAAAUGAAUGAAUGAAUGAAUAAAUAAAUAAAUUGAUUAUUUAUUCCUCCUUGUGUUACACUCUUUCCUGUAGCUUCAUUCUUGUAAUACUAAACUGUGGUCUACCAUCUUAUCUAAACCGACCCAUAAGUUGCCAAAGUUUUGCAGUAAUACUGUGUGGAGCCCUGCUUGAAGUGCAAUGUAAUAUUUAGCUAGGUUCACAGUAAAUAUCGACUAAAGAACAUGCUGCUGUAGUUGUACAGUUAGGAACAGCUAAACUCAUGACUGAUGAGAAGUUUGCCAGAAGGCAUAGCUGUUAUCUGUAUGAAUGCUUCCAGUGUUCAAGUAAUACAUGCUGUUUGUUUCCUGAUUUUUCUCUGGUCUCCUGAUUCAUACUCUGCUUUAAAACACGACAUUUACACCUAAAAUAUUAUUUCUCACCCUCAUAUGAGAAAAUUGGAAGCUUCCAAACUUCACUUUAGGGCCGUAUUGAGGUGGUCAUGUGAGUUCAGGAGAAGGCUAGAAUCAUUCUUGUAAUACUAAACUGUGGUCUAGCAUGGUAUCUAAACCGACCCAUAAGUUGCCAAAGUUUUGCAAUAAUACUAUGUGGAGCCCUGCUUGAAGUGCAGUGCUACCUGCCAUAAAGAAGCUUUCACCAGCAAGUUAUAGUUAAGGUAGCUUGAAAAUAAUAAGUUGCAUAUUUGAUAAAAUGAUGUAUACUCAUAUUUUGCUUCUGUAUUUGAUUUUUCAGAACAAGAUAGCUUGGCCAAUCAACAAUGCAACUUUGCUGAGCCACUCUGAUUUGGUGUCAGUUUAUGCCACUGUGGUUCUGAACAAGAUUGUUUUGUUUUUGGGAACAAGAAAUGGACAGUUGCUGAAAGUAUGUGGCUUAUGGUUUGUUUCAUGGUUUAUUUGAUGAAUCAUUGUUGUUGUGUUAGUUGAUAGAAGCAUCUUGGCAUUUUGCAUGUAAAAGUGCUAGAUAGUUGCUAUAUUGGCAAAUACAGUCGUACCUUGGUUUUUGAACAGCUUAGUUCUCGAAUGUUUUGACUCCUGAACAUCGCGAACCCGGAAGUGACUGUUCCAGUUUGCAAACUAUUUUUGGAAGCCGAACUUCCAAUGGGGCUUCCACAGCUUCUGACUGGCUGCAGGAGCUUCCUGCAGCCAAUCGGAAGCUGUGCUUUGGUUUUUGAACGUUUUGGAAGUUGAACGGACUUCUGGAACAGAUUCUGUUCGACUUCCAAGGUACGACUGUAACUUCUCUUCUUGUAUAAUAUUUGAAAGAUGGUUCCUUUUCCCCCAAGUCCAGUGGCUUUCUAUGUAAUUAAACAAUGCCUUCUCCCCAACAAAAAUAUAUGUUGGCCUUUAUUCAACAUUUCCUUGGAUCGGUUUUCAGUGAAAUAACUUAAAUAAUGUAAUUUCAAAAUAAGUUUUUAGAUUGUUUAGUUUAUCUAGCUUUCUGAAAAGCUUUUAUUGCUGUCAUCUUACACUGUUUUAUUGUAUGUACUUAUUGAUUGCUUAUUAGCCCAAAUAGGGCUAAUAUAGCUAUAUAAAGCAGCUGAGGAACCAAACACGUGAGGAGAAAUGGAGGCAUGCAGUCCAAACAUUCUGCUUCCAACACAUUACCUGUACACAGUUGAGACCAUUCUGUGAGUUUGAGGAUGAAUGUCUAAAGUGGGAAGCUCUUCUAUUCAUGGGGGCUGCCUGUAUGAUUUAAAAACCCUGGGCAAUCAAGGUUUUAAACGGUAUUUGUAAAGAAUAGCUGACCAAAUAGAAAACAUAAAAAUCCUGAUCAUUAGUCACUGAAUAUGCAUUCAAAAUAGGUCCUUGUAUCUUUCUUGAGAUAAUAGUAAAAGAACAUGUUCUCUUUCCAGGUAAGAGUAUUUGUUAGAUUAUCAAUGCAGUUUGCUUCUUAUCUGUUCAUUUGAGGUUCUGCUUGCACAGUGGGACUUCUGCUUCCACCUCCUCCACCCAGACAUGUCGUCCCGCCUCAAAAAAAAUCUGUUCCAAAUUGCUGAUGAUGGGGAGGAAUAGAGGAACCAUAGUGUAUUCAAAUAGGGCAGAUAAAUUGGCCCAUGAUAACAUGAUAGCAAUUCUUUUUGUUUCCUGUGCUUUUAGGUUAUUCUUGAUGAAAACAUGAAAGCAAAUUGCCCAGACAUUUUAUAUGAAAUUGAAGAAGAAACGCCAAUUUUUCACAAACUUGAACUUGACCCUGUGAAUAAAGAUUACAUCUAUCUACCAUCUGGUAACAAGGUGAGCUAAGAGCAGCAGCCAGCACAAAUAGUACUUCUGAAGUUGUCUUUCAGUCAUCUGGCAAUGUCCUUGUUAACUGAAGUCCAGCAACCUACUUUACUUUUGGGUUGUAGAACAGGACCCUGAAUAUGAGUAGGUGUGAUUUCUAGUCAACAGAGAUUCUAAACUAUGCAACUGUGUAACUUUAGAGAUUAGCUAUCGCAUCAUUUUCUUAGUGUUCGCAGUUGCGUAACUGACUUACAUUGUCUUACGUGAGUGCAGAGACUUUUCAGAACUGAGUUGAUGGAAACAAGAGAAAACUUGUUGAUGGCAUCAAAGUGCACACCUUCAUAUGAUCUCUCUCUCAGCAUCUCUCAUUUAUCUAUUGAAUUCAGGAAGCACCGGUAAGCCUUUGUGAGGAAUGUUUGGAUGGAUGAUGAGUAAUCACCACACAUGAUAUUUCCUUAUUACAAGAGAAAUCCUUUCAGUCUCUGUUCAGAUUAGGGCAUUAAUGCAUACAUGGCUCACUGUUGCAUGUGCUUGUUCGGGCACUUUUAUCCACAUAGGUACUUUCAAUCUUACGGCUCCGAAAACCAUCUCCUUUCUUGUGCACAUUAGUGGGUGGUACUUGUUAGGAUGCAUGUAGGUGUACUAUGUAGUGUUGUCUCCUUCCCUCAAAUAUUAUUACUUCCCUGAGGUCCAUUGUGGAUAUGUGUGCAGUUAUUUGCUUGCCUGUGUAUGCACUUUUUUUUUUUAAAAAAAAGUACAAAUCUGGAAUAUAAGUUUUUCCAGAAUUGCGCAAAAGUACAGAAUUGUACUUUUAAAAAGUAAAGCCAGAUGAGAUUAGGAAUCAUUCAUAUGAAAGACUCCUACUUCCUGUCCUACCUUUUCCUUUGCCAUCUACGUGCAAGGGCAACUUAUAUAUUUUAACAUAGCUGAUCUGUGAAAAACAGCUGGGUUAAAAAUAAAAAUGCAAUGAACAUGUCUUUGGGACUGAUGGAAACAAAAUGGAAGAAGUAAACGCGGCAAUAGAAACCAUCUAGUGAAAUGUCAUCACAUGUUAAAAGCAAUGACGCUUCCCACAUGAUAAGCUUCAGAGGUUCCACAUUUUUGUAUUGCAUUUUCUUCUCCUAUUGGAUUAUCCACAGAUUGGUAAAUAUUAAUUCACCACCAGCUGUCUCCUCAUAGUCAAGAAGAGUGAUUGGUUGAAAAGAGCAAAGGACUACCCAGGUGUAGCACCCUCCUCAGGAGAAGGAUUCUGCAGAGAUGUCUUGAGAGGCUGCAGCUGUGCCUAGGGUGGGAUUCUGGUGCCUCUGGUUUAAGAGCCUCAGUGCAAGGCUGAGAGAACUGCUGGAACAAUGGCUUGUUAACCAACACUGUUUCUUGCACCUGAUCCUGACCGUCUGCUUACCUGGACCUUGGGAUGCCCCUCAACUCUGUUAAAAUCACUGCUUGUCUGGAAUUGGACCUUGGAUUGGCUAUGGAAUUUGCAGCUGUCGGUCUGCAAUAGCCAUGGUUAUCUGGAAGGCUAAUUGCAGCCUGGGACCCAGGUAGAACAAGACAGAAAAUAAACUUAAUUUAGCAAGGGGAGGUGCAGGCUGCCACUUGGAUGAGGAGGACGCUGUAUGUACACUGCAAAAGUGAGAGACAGAGAGAAGCAGCUUCAAAUCCACAUUAAACUCCAGAGUGGAAGAGCCCACAAUGGCAUUGCCAAGAACACACUUUAGCAUCAAAGACUUGCAGCAGGAUUUAAUAGGAUUAAUAGUGGAGUGCAGUUGCCCGUAGCAAUCUCCAGCCAGGCAGAAAUGGUUAUGAGGGACCACACUCCUUCCAGACCAAAAACCACGUUAACAGGUGUGCAGAAAGUUGGUGGUUUUAAAGUGCUGAAGGGCAACCACACAUUCAGCAGCCUUUCCUAGAAACGGAAGUUUAGAGACAAAGGCUGUAACAGGCAGGGAAUCUGCAUGCAAAUUAUUUUUGAAGUCAUAUGCCACCCUGUUGGCUCUGAAUUUAAGUACAAGUCAGCACAGCUGGCAAAGGUCUUGUCACAGGUCCAGUUUGCAAAUGAUCUCUUCCUAUACACCCCCAAAUUAGCAAAGUGGUGUGAUGGAUCCAUAGGAGGUUAACUUGAAGUGACAUGAACAGCAGAAGGUUGUUGCAAUAUUGUAAGAAACUACUUUGAAUUCCUUUUUUUCUUUAAGUUACUGAUUUGCUUUUCUUUCUAUUUCCUGGGUUUAUGGAAAUUAUUUUACGUUUUUGAAAAUGUUUACUAGAAACAUGCAAGAGUGAUUUUUUCUCCCUUUCUAUUUUAGAUCUGGAGAACAAAGGUUGCCAAUUGUAGCAAGCAUAUUUCCUGUAAAGAAUGUUUAACUGCCAUGGACCCCCACUGUGGAUGGUGUUAUUCAUAUAACAAGUAUGUAUUUUUGCUUCUUAGGCUCAUAUGAAUAAAUGCUUCGUUAUUGGUAUUUUUUAAUUCUUGAUACCUUGAGGCUGUAUCCACAGUUGUUUUUACAAAGCCAUCUUGGAUCAGUUUUAAGUCUGCAGUGACUCUUCCUAUAACGACACUUACUAAUAAUAUUAAUGUAAAGGCAACUCAAGUUUCUCUCUUAACCUUCCCAGGAUGUUUGUGUUAGUAUUCUAACUGGGCUAAGACAGAAUCCUGGUGCCAAAUAACUUUGAAAUUCUAAAACAACAAGAAGACCAUAACAAUUAUUUAUUUGCUUUAAAAUUAUCUUUUUAUAAAGUUUGAGCAAAAAAGAGUGAUAAAACACAAUAGUGACAAGCCAGUAGCCGAGCAGUAAAUAAGAAAUUAGUGUUUUAGCAAUUAAAGCUAGCAUGCAGUAAGACUCUUCUUAAAAGGACAUCUAUAAUUGUGGUUAUAAUUAUAGUUAGCAGGAAGGAGUUAUUUGGAUAGUUGCGUUAAAUUCGCAUACCCUAUUUUUAAUUUGAAAUUUGAGAAAGACCAUAAUGAGAUAUUCUCAUAAGAUUGAAAAAGUCAUAGAGUGGUCCCAAGGAAAAUAAUGUAAAUAAAUGUUCUUUAACACCGACUCUCCAAAACUCAUAUCUACUCUUGGAUAUGUGGCUUCGAGGGACAAUGGCAUCACAAGCCAUGAGAAAGAAUCAGUGGGUGUGACUGGUUUUUUAUGGUUUUAAAGACAGAAAUGAAGCAACAAUAAAGUGAGAAAAUCUGAUUAGGUUAAUCAGUUCUAUCUCCCAGAAAUUUGCAUAGUUAGCCAACAGGGUGGAACAAAUUGAUUGAAAGGAAAUGAUGGAAUAGAUGUUCAUUGUUUGAUGUAUCUUUUUUAAAGCUAAAUAUCUGGAACAUGAUUUCUCAGCCUAUUAAGAGCUGAGAAGGCACUUUAGAAAUGUUCAGUCAAGGUGGCCACAGUUUGGCUAGGAGAUGCAAAUAAUGCAGAUUUUUAUAUAUAAUUGAAAAACAUUUCUCUAUUUCUCUCAUGCAUAUAUUUGGAUUUUUCUUCAGCUGCACUUUAAAAGGCGAAUGCCCAGUUUCAAAUAACAUAAUGAACUGGACAAGCAUUCCAUAUGGAACAGAUAAAUGCCUGAAAAUCUACACAUCUAAGCAUUACAGAGGUGAGGUAUGUUAAACAUCAUUUUCAUUUCAUUUAUAGUAUAACUGCACUACUUAAUACAUCGUUUUUUACAAGUGAGAGAAUUUAACUUGGCAGUGCUGAGCUCUCUCAGUACUCUGGUCUGACUGAAACAUAAUAGUCCAAUCCUAUGCUGCUUAUACCUUUCUCCUGGUGUAACAAUGGGGUUCUUUGUGGGCAAACCUGGGUAAACAAAGCCCUAUUUAUUUUUAUGUACACAAAAGCGUGUAUCUGGCCCAGGCUUCCAUGUUUGACAUUCUCUGCAAACCAUCUCUAUAGACAAGCAGUUCAUUUUACUUAAUGAAUCCAAUGUAUUUGGCAUACUGGCAGAAUCCCAGCCUCCCAUACUUGCAGAUCACACUGUGUCAGUUUAUAUGCACCCAGCAGGAUUGGGACCCCUAACCGAACUUCCUUGGGUGGCUCCAGUUGUUUGGUGCCUUGCACAAAAGGAAAGGCCAAGCUGUGAAGGUGCAGGUGACGCCUUGUUAGAGCAAUGGUGAUGUCUUCUGAUGCUCCCUGCUUUGUGCUUGGAACGGUUUUAGAUCAUGUUGCUAUAAUGUGAAGAGGUUAAUGGUUCCCUCAUGCUGGAUAUGGAUUCCUGUAACCAUGCUCUACCUCUGAGGGGUGGCACUGAUGUGGAAAGAAUACGGACAUACUUUAAAACAAGUUUUGUUAAUCUCUUGAAGUUCUCUCACAUGUCCAGGUAGACAGUCUGCCUGAAUCAUUGAUCGCUGCAGUGUGUAGGGAAAGUAGAGAGAAGCCAGGUUCACCCAGUGGGACAAAAAAGAAACACGCAAUUCUGGCUUCUGUUGGUAGUAUUAUUCUCCUAUAACAUUGGCUCUUCAGCAUCCUUGUGGGUGACAAAGUGAGAGCCAGCCUUGAGCAUGAUGCUGUUUUCCCUCCUGCCUCUGAAACCAUUUCUCUCUUCUCUUUCUGUUCUUAGUCAUCAUUUAGACAUACUGAUAUAGUUUAUGGUUAAUGCAAACCAGGAAUCUUCCUAACCAUCUAUUGAAGCCAAGGUUUGAAGCAGAUUUACAAACACUGGUUGGUAUGAAUUCUGGUUUGCAUAAAACAUGGUCUGCAUGUGUAACAAAUCAUCAUUCUAGGGAGAGAAGGAAGUGGGAGAAUCGUUCUGUAUAAAUCUCAUGGCUUCCCAGUAGAAAUCAUUGGGUGUGGUGAAUGGAGUUGGGCAGAUUGCAACAGCUCCUGCUAUUCAGCCAAUUAAAAGUUGGUAUAUUUUCAAUUGUUUCUUGCCAUUCACUUUUUAUCUCAUCUUUAAGUAGCCUAUCAACAUUUACCCUGAGAGCUUAACUCUGAUUCUCUUGGAAGUUCCUCCAGACUAUCAUCUAAGAAGUUAAGAUAUCUUAUCAAUUUUCUCAUUCCUUUAGAUUUCUGUAACUGCAGUUGGAAAUUCUGAAGGACCAUUCACUUGCAAAGUGAUAGAUGCGAAUACCAAAAAUAUUCUUUGUGAGAAUGUGAAGGAAGAUGUCAUGAACUGCUCUUGUCGCCUUAAGGCGGCUGAUCUAGUCGGAAAAGGCAAGUUUUCUUCAUAAUUUACCUACAACACCUGACAUGUUUUGUUGUAUGGAAUAUAUGUGGCCUGAUUUUUAAUUACUGUGCUUGGGCGGAGGGAGGAUAAAGCCACGUUGGUUCUGAAAGAGGAAGCUAUGAAAGUGUGUUAUGGAUUGCUGUGGUUGGAUGCUGGAAAAAGGAAGAGAGGUUGGCCGUUGUUUGUGGUUGGUGUAAGCCUGGCUACCAUUUUAUCAUGUCACACUUGUCAGUCUUUUUUUGCAUGUGCAAGAUUGGGGAAGAUGGUCUUAAUUGUCUGGCACUAAGAUGAAGGCCACUUCCUGAAAACAGCCCUGAAUCCCAAAUCUUGUGUUGACAAGAUUAGAGCAUUUGUGUGUACGUAUUCAACUAUUUAAACCACAUUAGGAAAAAGUUGCUAUAGAAGACUGAAGACUAAUUGUCAUGCAAGAGAAACGUGACCCAUGUUAUCAGCUCUUUGGAAACUCCACUGAAAAGUGCAGCAUAAACAGAAUAAAUAAUUAAGUAAUACAAUUAUCUGUGGCAUAACCUCUUCAUUUAUGUGGGCUCUAUGCAUGGCUGGAAGAUAAAGGGGAUAGCCUCUUCACCCAAUGAGCCUUAAUCAACAUAUUCCUGGCUUUCAUUUUUUAAAAGUAAAAACGUAGUAAGUUUCUGGCAUUUUUGAAUUUGACGGAUGAGUUAGACUGUGCAGGCACUAUUCUCAUUUGUUUGUGAAAAACUUACCUGCUCCUUCAGACAUUUUUUAUAUGAUUUGGUAUUCCUUUAUGACAUAUUCAGCAGAAAAAAAUAUUUUCAAGAUGUCCUUUGUCACUAGCAUGGCAAAUCUGGAACUAUAGUUGAUGAUCUGAUGAAGUUGAUAGCCUUUAAUUGAACUUAUGUGCAACUACUCAUUCCACAUGCCUAUUUUAUAGUUUUGUUUUUCAUGUUUUAAUUUUCAUCUGGUGUUAUAGUUGUUCUUUCUAUUUUAUACACAUUAUAAAAUGAAAUAAUAAUCACAGACUUUACAAAGAAGAAAAAAGAAAUACUAACCAAUCAGUGGCGGAGCUUCAUGCUCCGGCCCCGGGGGGGAGAGAGAGCAGGCGGGGGCGUGGCAUGCGUCCUGGGGGUGUGGUGCACCACUUGCAGGGGCGUGGUGCCCAGUGUGAGUGGGGGGCAGCCGCAAUGGCACCCUACUGGGAUUGCGCUGCUGGGGGCGGUGUCCUCCCCCGCACUCCUCUUCCUCCACCAGUGUAGGCAAUGAAAUUUAAGAAAGGAGACCUAACCAAUUAAUCAAAGAGAAGGCAAGAGUAAAACACCCAUAAUCAAAACUUGAUUUAUUGUUAAGCUUCUUCUGUUGGUCUUCCCUGGUAAAUAAGUGAUUGCUGCUCCAUAGAAAACAAUUUGAUUAUACAAGAUUUUAAGGUAGCUGUGAUUUGGGACAAGUGUUCCAGCCCAAGAACAAAAGAUAACAGCAAGGAAGGAGGUCAUGAUUUUUCUAUCACAGAUAUAAUAAAUGAGUUUGUAAAUGUUUGCAAAUAUUUUAAAAAUUACUCUGCUAAUGCCAGUUCAGACCAAGUCAAUCAAUGUUAAUAGCUAUAUUGCAGGGGGGCAGGACCAUGGCUGAGAUAGUAUGCGGAACGCCAGCCCUACAAAGCAGCCCAGACUUGUUACACCCAUUUUGUUGAGGGAGGAGGCUGUGUUUUUUAAGUUGUGAGUGGACUGUGAAAUUGAUUGUAGGAGGAGUACAGUUAAAAGCUAGAGGAGGUGAAGGCAGCUACAGUGGUGCCCCGCAAGACGAAUGCCUCGCAAGAUGAAAAACUCGCUAGACGAAAGGGUUUUGCGUUUUUUGAGUCGUUCCGCAAGAUGAAUUUCCCUAUGGGCUUGCUUCGCAAGACGAAACGUCUUGCGAGUUCUUGCGAGUUUGUUUCCUUUUUCUUAAAGCCGCUAAGCCGUUAAUAGCCGCUAAGCCGUUAAUAGCCGCUAAGCCGCUAAUAGCUGCUAAGCUGCUAAUAGCCGUGCUUCGCAAGACGAAAAAACCGCAAGAUGAAGAGACUCACGGAACGGAUUAAUUUCGUCUUGCGAGGCACCACUGUAGGUAAAGAACUAAGACUUUCAGCAGUGAGUGGAAGGAAGUUCCCUGGAUGCCAUGUUUACUCACUGAGAAACAACAGGUGGGUAGACCUGACAUGCAGGUUGCUCAGUUACCAAAUCUAACUAGGCCUUGCCAUUGCAGAGUCACCAGCGCUGCCAGAAAUUGUUGACCUGUUCUCUGAUGCUAGUUAUGUUUGUCUAUUUAUUUGGAGUAUUUUCUUUUCCGUCCUUGGAAAAAUUCCUGGGGACUCUCUUGUGUCUACUUUAAAAUCAAUUGUAUCUAAAUAACUAAUUAUAUAUCUGCUUGUACCCAAUAUAUCAAAAUGUUUUCUUUUUCUUUCCAGUUGCUCAAGUAUUACUCAUCUCUGGUUCACAGACUUUAUCAGAAAUAUUUAAAUAUGACUGCUCAUUAGAGAAAACGUAAGAGAUGUUUACAUAUCUUUUUUGUGGGUUGUGGAACAGCUUCCUUAGGGUGCUUUCACAUUAGAUGUUUCCUCUUGAAUUGUCACUCUUCGUUCUUUGUACUGUUACAAGACAUCUACACAGUGUCAUCAUAAAUGUGUUAUCUUGUAUUCUCCCCAUGGUACUUUCACCUCUUUUGAAACUUUUUUGGGGGAUAAUCACUUUUUUUUGGAAGGAACAGAACAUAGUUCAAUAUCUGUAGAUGCAGUGCUAAGUUGAAAUACUCUUCUGUCUUUUUGAAGGAAUAUGGUUGUAGAUCAGUGAUAGAGUACACCCUUUGCAUGCAGAAGCUCUCAGCUUCAGUCCCUUAUAUCUCUAGGUAGGGCUUGGAAAAAUCCUUUUUGAAACCCUGGAAACCCAUUGCCAAUCAGUGUAGGACCAGCCUUCCCUGCCAGAUGUUUUGGUCUACAUCUUGUGUGAUGACCACAGGCCAUAUUGAGUGUGGCAACUGGAGCUGAACAUCUGCACAGCACCAGAUUGGAGAAGACAGGUGCAAACAAUGUCGGUGGUGAUCAUUCAGGCAGCUGAGCCUAUUCCCAGGUCUCUACUUUUCAGUACAUAGACCGUGCCAUUUUUAGUAAUGUUAUUUUUUUUUAAGUCAGAAUAACAUCUUCACCCAUAUUUUAAAUCUAUAUUUGUGUAAUUAUACUAUGUAAUUAAACUAUGUAGUGCAAAAUGUUAAAUAAAUUAAAAAGGAUCACACUGUUUUUCUGGUUGGUGCCAUUUCAGUUAGCUUAAAAAUUAUUAGCACAGUAGCAGUUAAGGAAGGGGAAGCUCUUUUUGGUAAACAUGAAAACGUGUGUGUGUGUGUGUGUGUGUUGAAAAUAAACAUCCUGAUAAAAGGGUAUGCCACCUACCCACCUACAUAGCUGUAUAUGACACACAAAAGUAUGGAUGAUGUAUAACAGGAUGUACAUUUUUUGUAAAGUGUGAGACUACCUGAAGAGUCUUGCCAUUCUGCAUGUAGGGUAGAGGAAGUGCAAUCUCUAUAUAACACUUGUCAGUCUGGAAGCAACCUUAGCAAUGAAUAAGCCUUAUGGGUAGGCUUGUUGUUUCGCUUGGAGCUAUUAUUAGCACAUAGAUUUAUAACCGUACUUGGCCCAUGAUACAUUCUUUUGCUGAAGCAUCACUUUAGAUCUCGGCUCUGUUUCCCUGAACUCAUAGCACUCAUAGCCAACCUCCAGAUAGUGAUGAAAAAGAGCCAUUGUGGAUUCUGUUGUGCAUUAACUCUAUCUAAGCUACAGUGUGCUUCACACAGAAGCGUAUUUUCCAGAAUUGAGAAGUUGGUGAGUAGGGGGGCAAGGCAGGUCCAACAUGAAGGCUUACGUUUCUAAUUAACUGGUGCAAUAAGGCUUGCCACUCAUGACUCCUUUUGUGUUAACCAAAGGGUAUUUGGAACAGCUCCACAACAACCUCUAGCCCCAAGGCAAAACCCUUUCAGCGGAUUUACAGUUUUAAGUGAGAUCAUAAGGAUGAUGGAAGUUUAAAUAGCAAGGAGGAGUGGACAGUGUGAUUUUUUUUUUUUUUUGCGCUACCACCUUAGCAUAACAUAUGACCUUUACUUCAGAUGGUAUGAGCCAACUACUGCCAGCAGUUGAAGCAAUGCUAUAGAAAUGAACCACUUCACUUGCCAUGUUCAUUGGCAGCAUGGCACUGAAUUCAGUCACUCAAUAUCAACAGCAAAGGAGGACUGUUGCCUCCAUGCAAUGGUUUUGGGCUUCCCAGGGGCAUUUGGUUGGUCACUUUGGGAGGCAGAAUGCAAUGGUCUUUUAAUCUAAUCCAGCAGGGGUAUCAUUAUGGAGCAUUGCUUUCCCAUGCCUAAUAUGACAAAGGUGUCCUUGAAGUUCUCCUGCUGAUCCAAAUUGACUUUACAUGUUACAAUUAAAUUUCCAAGUUUUCAGCAGGCAGUGUAAUACCUGAAUUGUAGAGGACCAGUGUUCUGAGUUACUGAGGCCACUAUAUGAAAAGCCUUAGCUUGAGUAGAGCUAAGUAAAUAUUUAUGACAUGUAAGGCCCCUGGGUAAGACCUAGAAUUAUAUACUGACACACCUUCUCUGCUGGAUCUCACCAAUCCCUGCAGUUGUGUAAACUAUUAUUUUAUAUUCUAGAUGUUAUUCUAGAUGUUAUUUUAUAUUCUAGAUGUUAUUUUAUUCAUUCUAGAUGUUCAGAAUGUUUGUCUCGUGCUGGUUGCACCUGGUCUACUAGAGAGAACAAAUGUGUCUCCUCUACCAUGACUUGUACACAAAAGGUAAUUUUUCUGGCUUGUAUUGAAUUUAAAUCGCUAUAUGGAAAGCUUUUUAUUUGACGAAUAGUGUUUUUUAAAAAACUAUAUUCUAAGGAAGUACUUUCAAUUUUUUCAGGUUGACUGUGAUUCAAUUACUACCAGUGCUUCGGAUGGGAAAGAUAUUUCACAGAGACCAGAGGUCAGCAGAUAUUCUGAAACUGAUAAGUUAUAGCACAAUUGAUUGGGAGGGGGGUUCACCCAUCUGCCUUUUCCUAUAAUGUAUCCAGCUCACUGUCAAUCAUAUGCUGUUUUCACUGAUGGCAAUAGCUCUUGCACUACUACCAAGUGUGAAGGAGGCAGAAGACUAAAAGGACAUGGUGGAAAAUAAGGGGAAGCAUUGCAGGGUGAUGGUUGGCAAUUGGACAUACUAAUUCCGCCUUCAGUACAGGACCUUUAUGAGCUUCUGGAGACCUUUCCCAAGUCCAGGCUCAGGAGAAUUCCACUGGCUUCUCUAGUCUCUCUUGCUUAUGCUAUGAAAUGCUUUGCAUAACUCAUAAGACUAGUAGCAGUAGCAACAAUGCUAGUAAAAUACCAUGGGAUGUUUGUGUUGCCUUCGCUUUCCACUGCUGAAAUAUAGAUAGUUGAGGUAUGUGUGUGUGUGUGUGUGUGUGUGUUUGUGUGUGUUUCACCUUUUCUGCUUUUACCCUUUGUACUCAUGGGAAUUUGUGCUAUAAUGAAUAACAAUGCUGUGUUUGGGUCAGAUACCAUGACACUAUAAGAAAUCAGUAGUUGUCAUUUAAUAUAAUUAGUGGAAGGAUUUCAUUUCACAGUUACCCUCUGGGUUGAAUUCUAAUCCUGUUGGAUCACUUUUCUCCAAAUCUAGCUAGCAAAUGGCUUGAUCAAGCUUAAAAAACAACAAUACAGAGCUGAAUACAGUACAUACAUACUGCUGCAAUUAUCUGCUGUAUGUGUUUUCCUCUUCAGUGAUUUGGGAUGAUAUAUACUUAGGUACAAAAACCAGUCAAAAUGUAGUUUUGAUUUUCUGUGUAACUGUAACUGUGUUUUCCGUUAAACUUUAUUGGAUAGCACAGGUGUUGCCCAAAGAGCACACUGUUGUUUGAGGGAAGAACUACAUUGCAAUAUGCUAGUGAGUUGACUAUAUUAUUAGUACUGAAAAGUAUAAAUUAAGUUUUGCAAUUCUUGGUUUGUGUAUUUUUAGGCAAUCACCACAGUUUCAAUCUGACUUAAACAUAUUAUUAUUGAAAGUGUCUAUUUCCUUGUUCUCUUCCACCCACCACCAAAUCAGAUUUCUUUCCUGCGCUAAACUGAUAAGCCAUUAUGCAUUAGAUGGUGCUGAAACUGUAGAAGCAAAUGUUGUGUUGGGUGGAGUGAAUUAAAACUGAACUGCUUCUUUUAAUAAUAAUAAUAAUAAUAAUAAUAAUAAUAAUAAUAAUAAUAAUAAUAAUAUCUUUAUUGUCAUUGCCCCCUUCGGGGACAACGAAAUUACUUGACUGCUCCAUAAAAACACUAAUUAAUCAAUACAGUAUAAUACAGCAAGGGAGAUUAGAUGACUUUCAAAGUCCGGGCUUCCCAUUCAGGGCCGAGAUCGCUCUGGAGAAGAAGCUGUUCUUAAGACGGCUCGUUCUUGUCUUCAUCGUCCUGUAUUUCCGUCCCGACGGCAAGAGCUCGAAGAGACAGUGACCAGGAUGCGAUGGAUCUUUUACUAUGUCCAGUGCCUUCCUAUGGCACCUUGUGGCAUAAAUCUGCUCUAAGGUGGAGAGUGGGCAGCCAACAAUGCUCUCUGCUGCCUUAACAACCCUGCACAACCCCAUCCUGUCCUGGGUAGUACAGCUUCCGUACCACACACAUAAGCCAUAAGUGAGCACGCUCUCAAUGGCACAGUGAUAGAAGGCAAGCAGCAGUUUCUGCGGAAGAUGGAUUUUCCUUAGUAUUCUCAAAAAGAAAUGGGGGGAACUGGUGGGUUUAAUCGAACUAAUCUCUGAGCUGGAUGGUAAAAUUUCCACCACAGGAACAAGGAAGGGGGGCUGUUGGGUAUGGGAGACUCACUGAAAAUGGUUUCCCUCCCUAGUUUGCUGGCAGAAGACUUAUCAACUGCUUGCCUCAUCCCACUUGGUACUCCCAUAGUACUUCAGGUUUCUAGUUAAUACGGUGGCAAAUGCAGCCGGUUUUUCUAAGUGUUGCUGCGUGACCAGGCAUGGCAGCAGCCAGCCAGCAAGGCAUUGACCAUCAGGUGGGGGCCUCUGAGUGGCCCAUUUGAAGCUAGCUUUCCAGAGGGAAGUCCCACGCUGUGCUCCUGCUAGCCAGGGGAAUUCACAAAUGGCUGGCAAGCACCUGCGAUCUGGUUGCUGGGGAUGGUGGCAGAGAGCGAGGGGCCGCAACUGCCACCUACCUGGGAAAGGGCUGAGCAGCCAUUUACUACCAUACCACUUCAUUUUAAGCAUGAUUCAGUAUCUUUAGUUCUCUUUUUAUACCAAAAUAACAGUGAGGUCAAUGAAAAUGUAUCUAAUCUUAAUCCAUAAAUAUAAUUUUUUUUGCUUAACGUUAUCACAUUAUUAGUAUCCAAAGAACUUUCUGAAGUUUUCCCAUAGGCCUGUGCAUUCCCAGUAAAAUUGUUUACUUUUUAAAACUUCAGAUAGCACUUUUCUCCCCUCUGCUGUUUAGAGCACUGUGCAUUUUAAAUUCUUCUCAGUUUCAAACCUAAAUUGUUUUGUGGAAUUAGGUGGGACUUGCAGUUCAGGAAACAGAAGUCCAAAGCCAUCUGUGUUCAUAUACGAAUAUAGUCCCCUGCCUAGAGGAGCUUACAAAAGAAUAUUGUAAUAUUUAGUUUGCUGUUUUGCUAAUUCUUAUGAAAACCAAACAUAUUCAGCAGUGUUAACGUUUGUGAGAGAUGCAUAUCAAUAGACACAUAUCAGAUUGGACUUCCUGUUGGUAGCUUUAGCUUUUCAGCAGCAAAUGUAAUUUAGCAGCUAACAUCAAGGUUAGCUACUGUUGCUGAGUCCUUUUGAAAUAUAGAUGAAAUAUUCGGAUUAAAAGACUCAUGAAGGAAGAAACAAAGAACCAAACUAAUAAUUUAUAAACUUUUUGUGUCGUUCAAAAGAGGGCUCAUGCAACUUAGAAACAUUAAUUAUAGAUAUUGCUAUGAAGGAUUGUUACAUUGUAUCCAAGUAUACCAUUAAAUUUGUGCUAUGAUUUGUGCAGUGCCUAUAUUAUUCUCAUUGUGAUUUUAUUGCAAUGCUAUUUUGUGGGUAUGAGUGUUUUUGUGUUCUCAUAGAAAUCUGUCUUUUAGGAUUUCCCACUCUGUUUAAUGGAGGAAUCAGAGCCUCCAUUUAAUUUCUUGGGGUUGUUGUUGUUGUUGUUUUUAGUGUAUGUGUGCAUACGCCCUGGGGGAAUGGCAGUACUUUUGAAACUCUGUGGAAUAUAUGUUCACAGAUAGAUAUAGAUGUGAAUGUGUUUUAAUAAACAUUUCCAAAUUAUUGUUGUUCUUUGGAUUUUUAGCACCAACACAUAAGUAAUGCUAGCUAUAUGCAACCCAAAGCAUGUCAGUCAUACACGGUCCUCCUCUUCUCUCUGGAAUGUUAUCCUGCCCAUUUUUUGCUUGCCUUAGGUGUGUUUUAUCAUUACACCUACAUUGUUACUAUCUGGGUUAUUCAGAUUCAUGGGAACUGUGGUUGGCAUUAACUAGGGCACAUAUGUGACACUAAACAUCAUCAUCAUCAUCAUCAUCAUCAUCAUCAUAAUAAAUUAUUAUUUAUACCCCGCCCAUCUGGCUGGGUACCCCUAGCCACUCUGGGCGGCUUCCAACAAAACCCUAAAAUACAAUAACCUAUUAAACAUUAAAAGCUUCCCUAAACAGGGCUGCCUAUAGAUGUCUUCUAAAAGUUUGGUAGUUAUUUUUCUCUUUGACAUCUGGUGGGAGGGCGUUCCACAGGGCAGGUGCCACUACCGAUAAGGCCCUCUGCCUGGUUCCCUGUAACUUGGCUUCUCACAGCGAGGGAACCGCCAGAAGGCCCUCAGUGCUGGACCUCAGUGUCCGGGCAGAACAAUACUGCCAAGGCUGACAAGGGUUGAGAGGAGAAAUUCAUGGGUUACCAAGGCUAGCUCUUUGACCACAGUUUGUAGGGGCAAUAAUUUAUUUUAGCUAGCUUAUACACCAGUUUAUAUUCACACACAAAAAAAUCUUAAGCAGUUUACAAAUUUCAACCAUAAGCAAUCAAUAUAAAAAAAUACAAAAAUACAAAUUCCAUAUUCAAAACAAUACUACCAAUACCAUAAAAAACAAUUCCACAUUUUAAUUAGCAUAAUUAAAUGUAAACAUAAAUAAGAACCACAAAAGCAAAUCAUAUACAAAAACAUCCAAAUGUAGCAUAAUGACAUAUCAUUAAAAGAUCUCAAAUAAUAUUAUAAAAAUCACAUAAUACAGUCACCGAAAAAUCAUUAACCUAUACAUUCACACUGCCCAAAACUGAUAUAAACAUGUAGUCCCCAUAUGUGCAAUCACCCAACAGUCUUUUUGUACCCAGUGGUGGAGUUUCAUGCUCUGGCACCGGGGGGCGGGGCAUGUUGCCUGCAGGGGUGUGGCGCCCAGCGUGGGCAGGGGGGUAGCUGCGAUGGCACUCCACCGGGAUCUCGCUGCCAGGGGCUGCGUGCUCCCCCGGCACUCCUCUUCCUCCGCCAGUGCUUGUACCCAUUCAUUUCAUCCCAUCCAUUCCUUCCUAUCGCUCAUCUGGGCCAAUAUACUGUAGACUUAUGUCUCCACCAGGCCAUAGGCGCUUGUGGAUUUGGUUAUGCCCUUCUAUCUUUGGUUUUUAUAUUCCAUCCUGAAGAAUAUGAAAACCAGUGGAAAUUACGGAGCAUGGAACAACACUUAAUAUCUACCCAUUAACAAGAAAGGUACAAGUUAAACAUGUUUAUAAGUGCAUGACUGGAUAUUGAAAUCUUGUUUUACUCUGUUUCUAACAGCCCAUGCACAUUACGUCCAUUGAACCAAUGUGGAUAUCAACAUUAGGCAGCAGUGAAGUACUAGUCAGAGGAGAAAACUUUUCAAAUGCAGAUGUUUUGAUGGAAAUGACUGGAACCAGUAGCUGCAAAUCAGAGGAGUGAGUAAAAAUACAAUCAAUUAUUUUAUCUUUGAAUUAACAUGCACCUGUACCGCAUAGACAUUUAUCCUGGAAAUGUUUGGACUCGUGAUUAAACUAUAUAAUCAAGAUGGAGCCUUUUAACUGUGUGAUUUAUACUUGCUUAUUCACACUGCACUAAUGUGCUCUUUGGUUGCAUUAGUUCCAAAAGUGAAACUUUAGUAAUCACUGUAAUAAUCCCAGUUGUUUUAGGUUGUCCUCCUAUUCCUUGGUAGAUAGUCUAAUCUCUGUUUCCCUUCACUAGAUUACUCUUAUUCUUAUUUUUUAAUUUUCUACAUCUGUGAAUGGAAUUAAAAGCAAUGUUAGUUCUUAAGAUGCUUUCUUCCUCUUCUAAAUCACAUUACAAUAUGAAUUUUGAUUGAAUCCUUGGGCUCCAUAUGUUGUUAAUAUUGAGUUCCAGUGAGAGUUGGCUUGCAAACUGCUUUAAAAUUAAACAGCAUUUGGGUUUGGGGAGAAUUUGAGAGAUGUUGUUCUUCUUUUCAGAAUAUUUGUCACUAAAGUGUUAAAUCGCACACACAUGAAAUUCUGUUUACCACCAAGUCGCAAAGAAGCCAAGAGCAUAUGUAUAAAGAAAAUUGGCUUUCCGUGUUCACUCCCUGUGACACUGUCUUACGUCUCUCUCCCUGCAUGUACUGGAAUAUUUCCAAAUGUCACCUGGAAGAGGUAAUCUUAAAUUAUUUUACUUCUUAUAAAAAGUAGUACAUUGAAUAUGACUGUGAAAUAGUUAACGUAGUAUCAUAACAGACCUUAUUGUCACUUGUAGAUCCUUCAGUUUUAUAGGGUGUGGCUGGGCAUUGAGAUCAGCUGUUCAUGGUGCCAUACCAAUACACCCAUCAGCUCAGCAUUCAUUCAUUCAUUUACAUUUGUACAGUGGUGCCCCGCAAGACGAAUGCCUCGCAAGACGAAAAACUCGCUAGACGAAAGAGUUUUCCGUUUUUUGAGUCAUUCCGCAAGACGAAUUUCCCUAUGGGCUUGCUUCGCAAGACGAAACGUCUUGCGAGUUCUUGCAAGUUUGUUUCCUUUUUCUUAAAGCCGCUAAGCCGUUAAUAGCCGCUAAGCCGCUAAUAGCCGUGCUUCGCAAGAUGAAAAAACCGCAAGACGAAGAGACUCGCGGAAUGGAUUAAUUUCGUCUUGCGAGGCACCACUGUAUACCCCCCAGUACUCAUAGGUCUCAGGGUGGUUCACAACAUAAAAUUACAAUUGAAAAAAACACGACAUACAUAAUAUAAAAACAUAAAAUAAAAACAAAGACAACCCAUUAAUCCCCCCCUUCCACAACACAUUUUAGAAGGGCAUUAGAUGUCAGUCAGUCAAAGGCCAAGUUAAAGAGUCCAGCUGUACCCUUAUCUCAACAGGAACAGCCUAACUGCUCUGUUAACCUCUAGGUUAGAUUACUGCAAUGCAUUAUAGGUAGGACUGCCUCUCUAGUUUGGAAAAUUCAGCUAGUACAGAAUUCAGCUCACUAAAUAGGUUAGUCACUGAGGCAAGACAGUUUGAGCACAUUACAUCAAUCCUGGUCCGACUGCAUUGGCUACCAAUUAGUUUCUGGGCCCAAUUCAAAGUGCUGGUGCUAUAAACCCUUAAAUGGCUCAGGACUGCAAUACCUCAAGGACCACAGCUUCCAGCCAUCACCCCUCUAUUAUUGUCCAUUCUGGGUCGCCCAGCCACUGUUACAGUGCCCAUUCUCUUGGCAGAUCAAGAUGAACCGGUAACAGCAAAAGUUACAAGGCAAUUAGAAUAAGAUUCGUUAUUUGACUAUUGAUCCAAACCCCCAAAAUGCAUUUUGUGUAAUUAACUGUUUACCUUUAUCCUCUGUAUACUGCAUUUUGUUUUAUUGCUAUGGCUGGUGGCUGAUGCAAAUAAAGAUUCAUUCAGUCAGUCAGUCAGUCAGUCAGUCAUUCAUCCCAGCCAUCACCACUCCCAUACCAUUUCAGAACCACUGCUGAAGAAGUCCACUAGGGAAAGGGAAGACAGAUGGUAGUCGUUAUGCUAAGAGUCCAUUCAAACCUUGUAGUAGAAUUGUAAGAGCUAAACAUUCUUAUAUAUGCAGUGUGUGUAUUGGAAACCUAAGUAGAACAAUGAAAACCAGUGGUCUAUAGUUGUUAGCUUUAAAUCCUACUGAAAUAUGUGAAGAGAUCCUACUGGAGAUUACAUUGCUUACAUGUCAUGCUAGGCAGACUCCGAAAAGAGGUGAACAAUCACAAUCAGUAUGGAUAGGAAUUUUGUCAAGAGAAGGCAGUGUACUGUAGGAUCAUACACAUGACACACAAAUACUCAUUCCUUAAGCCAGGCUUGAGAUUGACAUUUGUGUUUGUGAAUAAAUUUGCUUUGCAGUCAUUCACUGAGAAUAGUAGUUUUUUAUUUACUGUGGGGUAAGAGAAGGAGCUUUGGGACGUGGGUGGCGCUGUGGGUUAAACCACAGAACCUAGGACUUGCCGAUCAGAAGGUUGGCGGUUCGAAUCCCCGCGACGGGGUGAGCUCCCGUUGUUCGGUCCCACUCCUGUCAACCUAGCAGUUCGAAAGCACGUCAAAGUGCAAGUAGAUAAAUAGGUACCGCUCCAGUGGGAAGGUAAACGGCAUUUCCAUGCACUGCUCUGGUUCGCCAGAAGCAGUUUAGUCAUGCUGGCCACAUGACCCGGAAGCUGUACGCCGGCUCCCUCGGCCAAUAAAGCGAGAUGAGCGCCGCAGCCCCAGAGUCGGUCACGACUGGACCUAAUGGUCAGGGGUCCCUCUACCUUUACCUAACUGCAGGAGGCAGUGGUAGGCAGGAGUGCCUGGCGUUUUCUGGUCCAUGGGGUCACGAAGAGUUGGACACGGCUAAACAACAACAACAAAAUGUCUUCUGAGCUGCAAACUUGAUGAUUAUUUUUAUUUGUAGUUUUUGAUUUACUGUGAGGUAGAAAGUUUUCUGAGCUGCAAACUUGUUUGUUUUUUUUAAAUUUGAAGUAGACCCAAGUUCCAAGCUUAUUUCCUUUCCCUUUUUUUGCAGUGGAGGUCGCAACAUGACUAUACGUGGGAGACAUCUAAAUGUCACAGAAAUGGUUUCUGUUUUAGAUGGAGGGGGACAAAACUUGGCAGUAAGUGUUGUGAACUCCCCUCCCCUCCCCCCCCCCCAAAAUGUUGGCUAUAUUAAUUAUAAGUGCCACAAUUCUGCAAACUGCCAUAAAAGGUAAAUGAGUGCCUUCCUGAAAAGUGUCAUGAUGUUUUGGUCCUGUAUUAUUCGUAUUCUUUUUCAGUAGAUAAUAUUGCUGGAACUUGCUUCCCUUUCCCUUUCCCACCCCCUCCCUUUGGGGCUUCCAAUGAAGGAUAAAGGCUCUCUUAUUUUCGAGAGUCUUUGGGUUUUUGCCAAUUUGAUUACCUUCUUUUUUUUUUUUUUGCUGCUGUUAUCAUUUGAACUUAUAUAGCUUUGCUGAUCAAUAAAUAUUUCCUGGGCUGCUUACAAACAAACAAAGUACAAUGAUGAAAGUACAAUGUUAUAAUGAUUAACUGCAGCAACAACAAAAAAACAAUAAAAGGCAGCAAAUAAAAAAUUGUUACAGGGGAGAGCACGCGUAAAACGGCAUGGAUUUAUAACGCAAUUAAAAAGGCUGAGUGAAUAAAAAAAUCCUGCUGCCAAGAAUGCUAUAGAGAAGGCUCCAGGGGAGCAGUUGCGCCACAAUUUCACUUGAAUUCCUUCACAGCUUCAGUUUUAUCUCAACUUUCAAAUGACUGGCUUGCUAGUGUGUAUAUCUAGCUCCCAUUAUAAAGCCCUCUCAUGCUUGCUUGUGUUCAGCUAAAUGGGGAGUGUAAUGAACAUUAGCAAGUCAGUGGAAAGAUUAGGUUCAACUGGAGCUUCCAGGGAAUACUAGCAUGCUCAAAUCACACCCCCCCCCAAAGUGCAUUGUUUUAAUGUACAUGAUUUUUGGUGCAUGAGGCAUAGUGGAUGGGAAGAAACAAAGCUGUGGAAGAAGAGCAAACAAUAGCCAAUUACAGUGGUACCUCUGGUUAGGUACUUAAUUCGUUCUAGAGGUCCGUUCUUAACCUGAAACUGUUCUUAACCUGAGGUACCACUUUAGCUAAUGGGGCCUCCUGCUGCCGCCAGCGCGCAAUUUCUGUUCUCAUCCUGAAGCAAAGUUCUUAACCCGAGGUACUAUUUCUGGGUUAGCGGAGUCUAACCUGAAGCGUCUGUAACCUGAAGCGUCUGUAACCUGAGGUACCACUGUAUUGCAAUAUUUAUAUCAUUAGAGACUGAACAGGGGAAAUCUGUCUACCCCUGCGUAACAUUACAGGCUUGCCCCAUUUAUCAAGCAUAGGAUUCCUUUUCAGGGAGUAAAAGAAAAUGCAAGGCUGUACACAAUCUGUAUCAAAUAUCCAAGUUCUGCAGAAAGGAAUUCAAUUGUUCAAAUAAAAAAAAUUAGAAUUGUCAUACAGUUGGUUAGCUAGAAUGCUUUAUUCUGAACUUAACCUGUGAGAGAAAGUUUGUUUGGGGACCCAUGCCUGCACAUGUGUAAAAGCUAAAAAAACAGACACACAUAUAAUUGUUGGGAUUUUAUACUAAAUACCAGAUUUUUACACGAGUGUAUUAUCACCAAAGUUUAUGGGCCUUAGUCCAAUUGUCUAGUGGAUUGUGAUGUGAUUGGUAUUUAUAGCUUUAAAUGCAAGUAAGCUGAAGCUUUUAGACUGCUUACUCUGCAGAAAUAGAUGAGCUUAUUGUAGGAGUAAGCAUUUUAAGGACUGUACUCCACCCUAGGGUUUGAAUUCAGACUUCCGCUUAGUGGAGUUCCAGUCAUGCUGGAGGAAGCCAGUUCCUCCUCCCUGCCCCAGUUCUGAAAACCAUCUCCAGAGUGUUGGGUGACUGUCCAGAACAGCAUGAGAAAUGGGGAAGGACGGGGGGGGCGGGGAUUGGUGAAAACAGCUGACCUACAUUCUGUUGGAGAGGCUCCAUUGGAUCUCAGUUGCUUCUGUGAAUGGAAAGAGCCCUUCCAUUCACACAAGUGACCCCUUGAGUCCAGCACAAAGUGUCUUAAUGUAGGCUUGCCAUAUGUCAGAAAAAUUCUAGACAUUUCCUGGUUUCUGGGUGUAAAAAUGGUGUCAGGAGGGAGUUUUGCCAAAUUGGCAAAAUGUUAGGGGAAAACCCGGCUGUAUGGCAAUGGAAUGGGGGGGGGGAAUCAGCGUAAACAGCUCCAAAAGCUUAAAAUCACUAUUUUGGGGGGAGGUUUCCCCCCCAAAAAGCGCAACAAAAUAUGGCAACCCUACUUAAGGAAUAUUGUGUGCAGUGGUACAUUGGUUUACAACCAUAAUCCAUUCCGGAGGUCCGUUUGUAAACCAAAACAGGUUGUAACCCAAGGUGCAGUUUCACCAAUAGGGGCCUCCAAGAAAAAUUUGUUCGUAAUCCAAGAUAAAUGGGUUGUAAUCCAAAAAAAGGUUGCAAACCGAGACAUGCACUUCUGGGUUUGAUGGGUUUGUAAUCCAAAACGUAUGCAAACCAAGGUACCACUGUAUAUGAAAAUAUUAAGUUAAAUUCCAUGGAAUUCUGUGAUGUAAGCAUCAUAACUGUGCAUAGAAUUGCAGCCAACAUAUUGGCUACAAUUUAACAAUUUGUACUAUACAGUGGUACCUCGAGUUAAGAACUUAAUUCGUUCUGAAGGUCUGUUCUUAACUGAAACUGUUCUUAACCUGAGGUACCACUUUAGCUAAUGGGGCUUCCCGCUGCUGCCGUACGAUUUCUGUUCUCAUCCUGAAGCAAAGUUCUUAACCCGAGGUACUAUUUCUGGGUUAGCGGAGUCUGUAACCUGAAGCGUAUGUAACCCGAGUUACCACUGUAUACAAUUUGGCAGUGCUUUAUAGUUUUCUCAUUUUCCCCCCUUCCCCCUUUUUCUUUUUCUAGAAAUUUACAUGCCGCAGUGACAGAUCUGAGUGUAAUUUUACAACACCAGCUGUUAAUACUGAGAAAAGUAAUGUAAAAGUUGUUCUAAAAGUUGAAACGAAAAAUAUAUCUUGCAUUGAAUUUCGAUAUGAACCUGACCCUGAAUUUAUUCACUAUGAACUGACAACUGAUAUGCAUCCUGUCUUGGAGUUAAAAAUACAUGUAAGAUGCUGGUUUGGGUUUUAUAAAGAGAAAACACAAAUCUUCUAUUUUAAACAUUCAUAUGCUAAAUUCUUUGAAUUUGGUGCAUCUUUCACACUUCAUAGUAUUUUCUCAUCUCUUUCCAGAAAAAAAAAGAUGGGUUAAAUAUUUCUAAACGUGAGAUUGACGUUUUUAUGUCCUGCAUGGCUGGUGAGAAAUUGCUAAACGUAACUUUCACUGUUCAAAAUAUUUCGCAAACUGAAAGUCGCAGCACUAUCUACUGCAGAGCCCAACAGACGUCCGAUGACAAUAUCGAUACAUCCAGUGUGAAGGUUUAUGUGAGUAAAAGCUUAUGGACUCUAUAUUUUUUCUUAUUACAUGUGAAUAUACUAUUUAAUCUAACAUAAAACAAAGAAGAAAAUACUGCCAUGGGAUUAAAUAAACAAAGAAACGUAAGUACUUUAUAGUCUUAACCAAAAUUUUCAAUUCUUUAAUUAAUAUUAUUCUCAGUAUGACAUUUACAGUUACCAAAUAGCAGUUAGCAACGAUAAGGACAAUACCUUAACUUCAUUUCUUGCUUAAUUAAGAGAGUAUCAGCACAAAGCUAUGAGUCAGAUCUGACUGACCCAUGGGUCAUUCAGACAGAACAUCCUCCAGAGGAUGUCUCGCAAAGCAAAUGUGAGCACCCUACAUCCACCGUCCGAAAUUAUUGAACACCUGGGUGACUCUUCAUGUAAAGAUACCAUCAGAAUAAAGGACAGCCAGUUGCCACAAAAAACGGUAAACUCCAAACAUUCGUCGGAAAACAACUGACAAAGAUUAGACUUCAGUAAAGCCAAGUGCAACUUUAGUUUUCUAACAUGGAAUAUCACAAGCUGGCCUAAAAAGGCAUCUGACACGUCCUUUGUUAAGUUCACCCAAGGUUAUGACAUUGUAUUUUUACAGGAGACUUGGAGUACAAGUGAAAUAGAUGUUAAUGGCUUUUCGCCGUUCUGCCUCUCAGGAUCACUAAGCAACAAAGGGGGGGGGAGCGAGUCAAAGGUGGUCUGGGUAUUUUAGUUUCAACAAGGCUGAGGGCUACCCUAGUAAAAUUGGAGCCCCUGAACCAUCUGGCCAUAGCCCUGUUAGUGAGAUGUAGUUUCUAUAGCCUGUUACUGAUUAACGAAUAUCCAUGGGCUGAAGGUCAACUAUCACCGCAUUAGAAGAGGUACAUUCUCUCCCGACACUUGCUUGUAAUGUCUGGCCCUGUAUUGCAUAUGUUUUCUCUCUCUUCAAAAUAUGCCUCCCAAUAAGUAGAUUAGUUUGCUUUGAUUCUCUUACUUUGGUAAUAUUUGUGACACCAACGUAAAUUUCUUAGGGAUUCAUCAAUCCAAACUGAGACUUAAACUAACCUGGGUGGGGAGUGUUUAUGACCUCCAAAAGUUCCCCCAUGAGGGAAUGCAUUUGGGCUAGAGUCCCCCCACCCUGCUGUAUCAAGGGUGUGUGUGUGUGUGUGCACAUGCACACAGCUCAUCAAAGGCAGAAAAGCCCAGUUUUCAAGAAUCAAAUAUAAAAUCAAUUAAACUAAAGAACAAAGGGGAUCAAAACUGUGUGAAAACAGGUACGCUUGGGCAUUAUAUUUUUCUAUAUCAAUACUUGUAUGAUAAAUAUGCAGUGCAAAAUAUAGGUAACCAGAUGCCAGGCACAAAUACUGAUGUGUUAUACUCCUUCAACAUGAUCUUACAGUAACUAUAAGUUAGAAACAGAAGUGCUGGUAGAAAACCAUAUGAUUUGAUUUUACAUUAAAAAAUCCCAAAGAUAUAGCUCCAAAAUUAAUAUGGGGCAAAUAUUUGUGCAUCUUAGUUUUCCCUGAGUCUUUUGUGGGGAGCAGAUUGGUAAUGUUGAGCAUUGUUUUUGUGUUCUCCCGUUUUCCCUUGUGUUGUACAAUUGAUUUAAUCUUGGGUUAGAUAGCACUGUUGAGUUUCCUUCUUUCCUGCAUCGCUUCUAUAUAUAGCAGCUCAGUCAUUGUUAUUUCAGUCAUGCUUGGAGCUGCGAAUGGAGUGCUAGAAGGAGAGGUAACAGUGUCUAUGGUUUCCUCUAUUGAUUUCAACACAUAGUAUUAGCUCAGCUGCAGUGUGCUGUUUUUUCCAGCCACGGAAGAAGGAAAACAACCCAGCGAGGAGGGUCAAGAACUACAUAUCAAUAUAAGUCUUUCUUACAUAUUCAUUUCCCCCUCCCCAAUCCACUAGGUCAAGGUGGGAAACUUUAAGCAAGAAGUUCCAAAAGAAGCACACAACUAUUCAUAUUUGACCCUUCUUUUGUUAAUCCCCGUAGUCAUUGCUGGUAAGUAGCACUAUUCAUGUGUCCAGUUUUCCAUCUGUUAAAAACCAGUAAGCACAUGCAAUGGUGGUCAGUGGGGUGGUUUGUUAAGUGAAAGACCCAGCAGUCCUGACACAGCAAUCUGUGGUGGAUGAGACUUUCUGCCUUUGUUUUGUGGUGGUGGAGGAGGAGGAGGAGGAGGAGGGAGGGGGGUUUAGUAGCCAACACAUGCAAGUUUACAGUUCUUGCACAGAACUAAUAACAUCAGCAACCAGUACCCACACUGGGGCAACCAACUUCUUUGUAACAAUGUGUUGUAUGGUGGCAGUCACUACUACCUUUUGGUGACUAUUCUGAGACACAGCUGUUUUCAAAGUACUGCAGAUUCCUGUUUUUGCCCUUUGUUUUGAUAAAAAGAAUGCAUAGUAUAUUUGAUGGUUCUUAUUUCUGCUUUUUAUUGAGUACAGUGCUACCUCGGGAUGCGAAUGGGGAUCCAUUCCGGAGCUCCGUUCGCAUCCCAAACAGAAUGUAAGACACAACAGCACGUCUGCGCGUGCCGUGUUUCGCUGCUUCUACGCAUGCGCGUGACGUCAUUUUGACCGUCUGUGCAUGCGCAAGCGACGAAACCCAGAAGUAAUGUGCUCUGUUACUUCUGGGUCGCCGUGGAGUGCAACCCAAAAGCGCUCAACCUGAAGCGUAUUUAUCCCGAGGUAUGACUGUAUCAAUUUUUCCCCCAGUUGCAAUUUUCGUGACCCAAAGAAAAUCCAAGCAGUUGAACCGUAAACUGAGUGAACACCUGGAGCUUCUGGAAUGUGAACUCCGCAAAGAAAUACGUGAAGGUGAGGGUUUUAAUUUUUUUUAGAGCUCUUUUGUGGAUGAGGCGCCUCGUGAUCUAUCAAGUGCAUGUAUUCCUUCAAGUUGAUCACCAUUCUGUGAUUUCCCAUAGUCAUAACACACAGAAUUCCUUCUUCAUGUUAAUAUUAGCAGUUCUGAGAUAGCAUGAGGUUAUAUCAGGGAUGGCCUGUGUGGUGCGGCAGAUGGUAGUAAUUGGCUGCCAUCAUUCUCUAGAAGCCAAGGGGAAGACAGAUCAGCUGCUUUCGAGCGGAAUAUAAUGCAGUGAUGUUGGAAGCAGAAAGUGGCUGGGUCAGCACCAUGUGUGCAGGUAUUGAUUAGCCAGUGGCACCUAGUAUGGGCACAAACUGACAUAACUAAGAGUGUUGUGUCUCUCCCUCCACUGCCGCCCCACAACUGCCCCUGGUAAGAAUCUAGGCCCCAAUUUGACCUCUGUGCAGCUGCCAUUUACUACUGCCAGCGCCCCUUCUUUGUACCGCUACAUUAUGUUCAACAGUGCAGGUAAAUGGGAUAUUUAUUUAAGUGCCUUUAGUGGCAUUUGCCCAGUAUUGUGGAAUGCUCUGCCCAUAGAGAUUCAGCAGGCACCUUUUGUUCCAACUCUGAAAACUUUCCGGUUCCAUCAGGUUUACGCAAGCAGCUAAGAAUACAUCUUUCCAUAGCAGUUAGCUAAUUUCUGCUUUUAACAUUCUUAUAUGACUUUUACUGUAAGAUUUUAUAUAUAAUUGUUGUAAACUGCUCUGCUAUUUUUAUGAAUAAAUAACUAUUAAAAAUCAUAUGCGAUCAACAUUUCCCAUUGCAUUAAAAAUGAGUACAGAGAUAAAUGUAUACUAUGAAAACUGUCUCAUGAUAGCUACUUUCCAAUAUCACUUUGAAAGCUGUAAUUAAGAUAAUGUUAUAUUACAAAAAACCAGCACUGCAGGGGAUCUUUGUUUCUUGCAGGCUUUGUAGAGCUACAGAUGGAAAAAUUGGAUGUGGUUGAUAGUUUUGGAACCAUCCCCUUCCUUGACUACAAACACUUUCUUAUUCGAACUUCCUUCCCGGAGGUAAAUGACUGCUUAUAUAUUUGUUAUAAACCUUUUGCAGUAAUUGAAAUCGCCCAAGUUGUAAACGUGUCAUGGCUUUGCAUACAGUUGAAUGACCUUUAUAAUAAAAGGGCAGCGCUUGACAGAAUAAACCUUGCUGAUUUUAAGAUUUGGGGUUUGGUUGUUUUUGUUGCUGUUGAGCUUUUGUGGGAUUUUUGAGGUUGAACUCAGCUAACUCAGUGUGCUAGUGGAAGCCAGCACAAAGACUCACACUACUGCAAUGGGACUUUCCUCUCUUUGCCCCAUGUGCCCCUGCACCUUCCCAAAAUCCACUCUGAAGGGUUAGGAGAACCCCAGAACAGUUCACAGGAGCAGAGGGGAGAUGCCAUUCAUCAAAGUAUUUUCAGGGCAUGUUGUUUUGCUGCCAGGUCACCUCAGGUACUGUGACAUUCUACUAAAAAGUUCACCGAAGUUGACAUCAACCCAGAAAAUUAUUACGUGAAUCCAGUUUGCUUUUAAAAAUAUGGGGCAGUUUAUGCGAAGGUCUUCCUGUGAAAAAUCAUUUGGUUAUUGUGUGCAUGCAGCUUCACCAUAUGGACCAAUCCAAACCACUGCUUUUUGUUUGAAUGCUUUAUCUAUUUUGCAAUCUUUUGUUUUGCAAUCUUCUGUCAACAUCAUAGUUGUCAAUCUGUUACUUUAGACCGGAGGCACAUCGUUUAUCUUGAUUGAAGACUCCAGCGAACCCCUUGUAAGUGUUUUACAUAUAAUUUUAGUUCUCUUACAAAGGAGGCAACUGGUUUAACAGAAAUGAAAACUGGGUAGUAUGAUUCUUUUAGUGUUUCUAGCGCAUUUCUGUUGUCAUUUUAUGCUGCAUCUUGCUUUGAAUUUCUAUACAGAGAAUGCAACAGAUAACUUUUAUAAAUAAGAAAAAACAAAUCUGAAUGCUGUAACUAAUUUCCAUACAGAGAUGUGCACAGUUCACAGGAUGUGUUUAUUAUGUUCAUUAGCAUGGCAGGUGGCAAGCUAUAUUUCACUGGCAGCCUUGUGCCCAGCAUUGCUCGGGAAUUGUAAGAAUCUGUCAACCUGGGGAACGCUACCCCUCCCCAGAUCCAUUCUCAAAUACGUUCACAGGCAGAACUAAUGUUUAAUUAGGGUUUUAAACCACUAAUUAAACAUGUAUCCGGGAGACGGAUGGGGGAAGUUGUCCUUGUGCCUUUCCUCCUACGAAGACCAGGAGUGCCUUUCCCCUAGGAUUGCACGCUCAGGGGGCAGUCUGGGGACAGAAGAGCCAGGUUGAAAGGAAGGUUUUCCCACAAUUCUUACCUGUCUGUCCCCUGACAGUCACAGAUCAGAUCACUCUGAGCCGCCCAACUCAUAGUGAUCCAUGUCUGUCUGAACCCGAGUUGAUGCUCAGGUCCCUCCAAAUAGGCCCAAUUUGCCUCGGGACAAAACUGAAUCCACUGCACAGUCUUCAUAGCUACCUGCCCUGAGCUGUUAUUGAUAGGGAUACUUAUAAAUCCUUGCUGUACGGGAGUUAAUGAAGUUUGAAAUCCUCACACACUUCUUUUUCAGAGAACAAAGAAUACAGUGAAUCUUAAAAACCUGCUAACAGGGAUGGUGAAGCUGUGGCCCUCCAGAUGUUGUUGGACUACAAUUCCAUCUCCCUGAGCACUGACCAUGCCCAUUGGAGCUGAUUGGAGUUGGCAUCCAACAUCCUUUGGAGAGAGACAACCCAUCCCUGUCCUAGCAGUUCCUAGCAAUGGUUGGUUAAAAUAAUAUUACCUUGCCUGCCUGAAGAUCUUUUUUUUUUAUUAUUCAACAACAUUUUUUUUUUGUAUUUGAUGCUUGCAGCUAUAAUUUAAAAUAAAACGAACAACAUAUUAAAAACAAAGAAACAGACAUACAAUUCAUGUAUUUCAGAGCAGAAAUCCUGAGCAGAAGGAUGAAAGCAUUACAGCAUUGUACGCCUUAAUUUGUAACAAGCAUUUUCUUGUUACUCUGAUUCAUACGCUUGAAAAACAGAAAACCUUCUCUGUAAAAGACAGGUAUGCUACAGAACUUAGAUUCUUCAAGUUGUAGAAACAUGAAAGAACAACCUGCACAUAUAGAGAUGUUGUGUUUCUGUUGACUUUGAUCCCUCACACUGCUCCAAAAAAUCUCAUUAGUCAAACUUCUGGAAAGAAAAUAUAGGUGGUAAGCAAUGAAGUUUUGGUUCAGAGUACUUAUUGAAAUUAAUGGAGCUGCCUUAGUCAUGUUCAUUAGUUCAGUGAAUCUACUCUGAAUAAAACAUGGUUGAAUACAACCUGUAUCUGAUUCUUACAGAGGUACUUUCACUGUUAUGUCUGUGUAAUUACCUUGAAAUAGAAAGAAACAUAUUGGAAUCUUGCUAAGAGUUCAGUAACUUAGAAUAUUGAAACAGAAUAUGCAGACCAAAUUGCACUAAGAUAAGGCACUCUUCUGAAGAAUGCAAUCAACAUAUUCAUUGGUGUUAGUUAUUCUGUUUUGUGAAUACUAAUAGACAUUCUGGGCUUUAUUGGAUUAAACGACUUGGAAGAUUGAGUGGAUGGAAUAGCUAGAAACCAAAACUGGGGACAGCUAAGGCAAUGCUAAUACAAAGGGGCACCCAGUAAGAUAAUUAACUCACUCCUCUCCAACCCUUGCAAUUGUGGGGUUGGGGUGUUUUGAUGGUUGAAGUGGCAGGCCAAGUUAAGGAUUCAUCUCCACUGAAGUGAAAUUCCAGGUAUUGAAGAUAACUGGAGGUUACCUUUUUUAGCUGCAUAAUUUACACAAGUUACUUAUUCAUCUCAUAGGAGCUUCCAGCAAUCAUUUUCCUUCACUUGAAAUAAUACAAAAAGUUGGCAGCACAGUGUUUAAUGGUCUAGACCAGCCUUUCCCAACCUUGGGUCUGCAGAUAUUGUUGAAAUACAGCUCCCAUCAUCCCUAGCUAGCAGGACCAGUGGUCAGGGAUGAUGGGAGUUGUAGUCCAAUAAAAUAUCUGCAGACCCAAGAUUGGGGAAGGCUGGUCUAGAAAAUAACUACAGUGUUCCUGCCAUAUGUCCUUUUCUUUGGUUACCUGUAGAGUGAUGGACAGAGUUUACAACUGUGGCAUUUUGGUUCUUAGGUCUAUGGACAGUACAAGUCUUGGUUUAAUUUGAGACCUACUCCUGGAGCUUUGUCAUGUGGACCAUUUAUACUCACUGCCUUAUGUUAACAAGCGAUCGUGCAUUUUGUAUCCUCCAUUUUAUUGUUCUCCAGGUUUUCUUAGUAGUUCUAUUUUAUUUUAUUUUGGAAGUGCUGGUAUUUCCUUCAACUUUAUGUGACAGCUGCCAGGAUGAGUGUGGCAGCAUAUAAAUCGAGUUAGUAUUGCUAUUACUUAGGUAAUGAUGUAGGCAGAAUUACAUAUUAGCUUAUAUUCAAGUUCUUCCUCUUUUUGGCAUUAAAUUUAUUAUUCUCUUUAUAAACAGAUGCUUGUUUGCAUCAUUCUUGACGAUCGCACUACAAACAAACCUAGUCUACUUAACCCAUAUUCUAGAGGUCUUGACAAGGGAUUUGAUGGAACAGUCUAGCAAUAUACAACCGAAGCUGCUGCUAAGGCGUACAGAGUCAGUGGUAGAAAAACUGCUGACAAACUGGAUGUCUGUUUGCCUCUCCGGUUUUCUUCGGGCAAGUAUUGUAUCUUUUCAUUAUACUUGCUUGUUUUCAUGCAGAAGGAACCACUUGUGAUGUGCAUGUACAGCAGCUUUCUUGCCUAGCAGUUUGUUCAGUACUUAGUAACAUGCAUGCGCUCGAAGAGUCCCCUUCAGUUCAGUGGAAUACAUUUGCAUGAACAGGUUUUAUUUUGAAUCAUUAAAUGAAUGGGAACCCCACAUUUGAGCACUCAUAAAUAUUCGGGGUAAAAGAUGAGGAGUAGGAAAAUGAGCUGUUUAGAGAAGGAAGAGGCCUUUCCGGGUUCAUCUGUGGCAUCUACCAUUUCAAACAUUGCUUCAUAUUUUUUUAGAGAAGCCACAUGUACAUAGGCAAAAAUGUGAAACAUACAGGUAGAACAUAUUUUGUGACAAUUGCACAUGUAUCUCUUCCACUAAAUGUAUGCAUAACUGCAUCUUGCAGCUGGCUGCCGCUUCCCAUUACACAUACAUUAUAUGUAGAUGUGAAGAAAUAGAUGAGCAUGCAAUCUAUAUGUGGGGUUCAUGUCUUUCCCUACAUGGAAAUGCAUAUUAUUUGCAGCAGACUUUAAGCAGGGCAGUUUUUCUGGUUUCUCCUGUUUAACAAAUAAGUUGUAAUGCAUAGAGAAAUGCAAAGAAAGGAGGGUAUAACUAUAAGCCAGUGUGGUGUAGUAGUUAAGAGCGGUAGACUCGUAAUCUGGUGAACCGGGUUCGCGUCCCCGCUCCUCCACAUGCAGCUGCUGGGUGACCUUGGGCCAGUCACACUUCUCUGAAGUCUCUCUGUCCCACUCACCUCACAGAGUGUUUGUUGUGGGGGAGGAAGGGAAAGGAGAAUGUUAGUCGCUUUGAGACUCCUUUGGGUAGUGAUAAAGUGGGAUAUCAAAUCCAAACUCUUCUUCUUCAAUAACAUUGUGUUUCAUUAUGUUUCUUAGGAGACAUUUGGGGAUCCAUUCUAUAUGCUUGUGACAACCCUAAAUCAAAGGAUAAACAGAGGCCCUGUGGAUGUAAUAACCUGCAAGGCCUUGAACACACUAAAUGAAGACUGGUUACUGUGGCAAGUAACUGAAUUCAAUACAGUGGUAUGUCUUGUUAAUUGUGUGUCCAGCAAAUGAAACCAACAAGUCUUGUAUGGUAGAAACUAUAUGACUAAGCAGGGGUGGAAUUCUAGAUCAAGAAGUGGUCUCACAUAGAUAGUCUACGGUCGUAUUGUGGUUCUUCAUAGACUGACAUUCAUAACAGAUUCUAGUGUUAUGAGAGGGAGAGAAAAAAUGCCAGAAUGCUUUCUACACCAUCUAUAAUUCCUGAGAUAGGUCACUGAGUUUUUAGAGAUGGAUGAGGCUGAGAGAUACUGGCUACAGUUAACAAGCUUCAAGCUAAUACACUCUCACCUCAACUUUCCCAGUAUGGGUGCAAGAUCAGAAACACUUCUGUUUCCAAAUAUCCAUAGUUUAUCUUAUUAUCAGAACCAUGACAAACUGUAGCUUAAUCUAUAGUUUGUCCAAACAACCAAAGAUAAAAUUGUGAUUUCUGAUCCUAGCUUAUUAGGCCAUACCUAAAAACACCAGUUCAAAUAAAUAAAAUACUGUGUCAUUUAUUUAUCUGGAAGCAGAUACUUACAAUUUCAUGCCUGCAUCAGAAUAGAUAUGAGACAGUUAUUUCAUACAUGAAAACUAUGCUUUAGCAUUAUGACUAGAUCAGGUUACUGACUUGCCUGAGUCCACUCAGCUUGUUUUUGGGUAUGAGAUUAAACUCUGCUGUCUGUGGCCCAAACUUAGCACAUUAGUUCAGUUGGGAUUGAGUAACUGUGAAGUGUGAAAACACGUUUUUGAAAGAUCUAUAUUAAUUUCCUCUGACAUAAUACAAGAUUUGCUAACACAGAUGAUAAUGAUUUGCAUACAGGUGGUUUACAUAUCACUGCUUGAACACUAAGAUAAUCUUUGGAGGCCCUGCUCCAAGCGAAGUGAGUCAGGUGGCUGUCAAGGAGAGUGCUUUUUCAGUGGUGGCACCUCGGCUAUGAAAUAGGCUCUUCAGAAAGACUUCCUUGGCACCAGCUAGAAGGUCUUUUCAGUGGCAGGUGGUUAUCUUUUUAUUCACCAAGGGUUUUUAUGUGCUUUAAAUCUGGGUUGUAAAUUACAUUGUGUUUAAACAUUUGUUCUCUUUCAGGAAUUAAAUGUUGUCUUUGAAAAUAUCCCACAAAGUGAGUGUGAAGGCACUUUUCAGACAAUUCAAGUUAAUGUCCUGGAUUGUGACACCAUUGGGCAAGCCAAAGAGAAGAUCUUGCAAGCCUUUCUGAACAAGAAUGGCUCUCUUUAUGAUCUUCAGCUCAACGAAAUGGCCUUGGGUAAGGCAUUGCCACUGCCCUAUUUUUGUUAUAAAUUUAUAAUCUCACAUUUAUUUUCCUUUGUUUACUCUGAGAACAGAAUUUAAUAAUGGGUUUUUGAAAAACCACAAAUGAAGAUUUCUCUGCUGUUAACAGAUGAGACCCACAAAUUACUAUGAAUUCAUUAAAACCAAUCUGUUUUAACUAAAUAAAUUCUGUCAUUUGUGGAUUACAGUUAGCUUAUAUAAUAUAUAGCAACCUAUUGAGGACUGGGCAAAUUAAAUGCUUGGCAAGCACAGUAUCACAGUCUCUGUUGCUGCAGUAUUAGCUGAAGCAGAAUGAUCCAUUGGGAAGAACCAGUACAGCACUGGUAGUAGUGAUCCACCUCAAUAGCUGCUCACAAAACCCUAUUGUGAUACAGAAGCUGAUGUGGCCAUGAAGGAAUGGAAUAUGGUUUCAAAUGGUUCACAAACCCAGCAUCAUCAAUGCAAGUACUUUUAGCAUCUUGACCUCUUAUGAGAAUUUUAACAGACUGGCAAAAUAUGAUAGGGUUGCCUCGCAAGCCACUGGUGGCAUCUCAGAAUCAAAGCACAGAAUAUGUUUGAAUUGCAACUGUUUUAAUUGUUUGGCAGCUCUUCAGUCAGGUGCACAAACAACCGAACUUUUGGACAUAGAUAGUUCCUCUGAGAUUCUGGAAAAUGGAAUUACCAAGCUGAACACCAUACGACAUUAUGCGGUAAGAACAAAAAUCCUUAAUAAUUUGAAGAUCUCUCUUUUGUAAAGACAAUCUGGGAUAGCCCAGACGGUAGAGCAUGAGACUCUUGAUCUCAAGUUCAUGGGUUCAAGCCCCAUGUUGGACAAAAUAUCUCCACAUUGCAGGGAAUUGGAUUAGAUAACCCUUGUUGUCCCUUCCAACUCUAAAAUUCUAUGAUCUUCCAUGAUCUUCUCAAAUACUGAAUCUAAAAGUUGUCAUAUGGUCUAGUUGAAAGACUGGACCAGGAUUCUCUUGCCAAUGCCAUCACAUACUUGAUGUGGGUCUAUAGGAAGUCACUUAAGCUGCAGUCCUGUACAUUCUUUCCUGGGAGCAAAUCCCAUAGUACUUGUGAGACACAGGAUUGCACUGUUAGCCUAGCUACAUUUCCAUGCACAUUUGGUUGAAAAAGCAUUAGUACUGAGUGUUUAUAAACAGUAAAUCCAAAAUGAGAAAAAAGGAAACCUUUGCAUGCCAAACGUAGAUGUCAUCAAAAUAAUGACCAGUCAAAAGUUAAGCCUUUUAAACUUGUUCCUAAACAGUUUCCAGCAUAAUCAAAGGGACUUAAUUGGUCACAAUCAAGUUACUGAAAUGGUUUCAAUUGUAUUUGCAGCACAAGUCCAAGUCCCACCAAGUUCAGCAUUCUUAGUUAUAGCUGCUCUUAGUUGGAUUGGGGUCACUAGAAUUAACUGAGUCUGAGGCAGAACUUUGUGUUACCGUGUUCUUUCCUACUGUGGUUUGGGGAAGGAGAUUGGUGCUGGAACAUCUGCUUAGCAUGCAGAAGGUACCAAGCUCAAUCCCUGGCCUCUCCAGGUAGGGCUGGGAGAUUUCCCUGCCUGAAACUCUGGAAAGCCACUACCAAUCAGUGUAGACAGUACUGAGCUAGAUGGACCAUUGGUCUGCCUCAGUAUAAGGCAGCUUCCUAUGAGUUGCAUCUACUCAUUGCCUUUCCAUGUGUCUUGCCAAGUACACAAAAAUGACAAAAUCUCUCCUAUGUUCCCUUUAAUUUAUGAUUGUGUAAUCUGAGAUGUUUUCAAAGCCUUUCUGAAGUCCUGGAAUAAUAUAUUCCCUUUUACACUUUGUCAAUGACGUUUAGCACUUCAUCACAGAGGGAAGUGAAAUUUGUUGCCAUGCUCUUUCCCCAUAAAUUCGGUUGAAUUCAUCUCAAGUACUCACCCACAAAAUACACAACGUAUAUUCUUGUACUUAAAUUUUUAUUUACCCUUUUGUUAGCCCUGUGCCCCUUGAGAGAUUAGAUUUUAUUUGGAGCUAUCUUUACUUUGUUUUUGCUAUCUUCAUUUUGCCUCUGCUUGGCUGUGCUACGUGUUCUUUUAUUUGUAUUUGGGGAAAGCCCUAUAGCUCAGUAGUAAAGAUUAUGCGGUCAUGCAUAAGGUUCCAGUUUUAAUCACGACCAUCUCCAGUUAAAAAGAUUUCAGUCACAGCUGCCUGUGAUUUGGAAGAGACACUGCCAUUUGGCCUUGGUAAUAUUUGGCUGGAUGGAUAAAUAAAUAAUCUGAUAGUAAAAGAGAAAAACAAACCCAGUUUUUCCUGUUCUUCGUCUUUCAGUUUUUGUAAAUUUCCCGUUUCAGGUCAUCAAACACUUCAUCAGUUGAACAAAAUCUAUUUUUCUUGCACUUCCUAAAUCUUGGUGUAACUGCAGGAUUCUGUUGGCAAAGGAUAAGCUUUACACUGGGCCGGCUGCUGCAGUUUCACUUUUCCCCAUUUUUGGAAGGCAUCCUAUUCUGUGCAAGUCAUUUCAGUAACUGAGUAGCAAUAGGGAAGCACUGUUUUCAAACACACAGCAUUCAGCUGCUGAGCACUGCAGCUAUCAGCUGGAUUACUUUUGGACCCAUUAUAUAGAUAACAGCCUGGCUCACCAGAAUGUUUAUGGUUUUAACAGCCUUUGAGCACUGUUUUGGUUGGAACUCUUAAUCCAGCCAUUCCAAGGUUUUUUGUCCCACUUGAUUAAUGGGAAAACCUGGACUGCAUGCUUUCAGCACAUAGCUCAUGCAUAGUGGAAUGUGACCAGUUUAUGCCUUAGCAGAACAUGUGAACAGUCAUUAUGAUACAUGUGCUUUCAGAUAAGCAUGUCACAUUACAUUAAAAAAAAGUACUGCACACAUCCCAAAAUAUAAGGCUCUUUAGGAACGUCAGCCUUUAUAGCAUGGCUGGCUGGCUGCAUCAGAAUAGAAAAAACCCUAUGGCUACUCUAACUUUGCACUUAGGAAGCCUCAGAGUGGGGAAAUGAACACAGAACAUAAUGCAUUCUUUGACCUGUGCUGUGUAUGGGACUGUGCUAGCUGGGAAUAAAGUAACCAGUCACAUGCAGUGGAUCAUGUGAACUUUGAGGAACUGUGUAGUUUUUGAAAAAAAUGCAUAUUACAAAAGCUGUUUUAUUUCCUUUUCAGAUUUCAGAUGGAGCAACUAUUAAAAUUUUAAAGAAAAAAACGGAUCUAUCAGGUACUGAAACCAAUACAAGCCUGAUAUAUAUCAUUGUGAUGGCAGGAUGGGGGACCCUUCCAUAGGUUGUUGGACUGCAAUGCCCACCAGCUGCAGCCAGAAAGGCCAAUGGUCAGGGAUGGCAGAAGUUGUAGUUCAGCGACAUACAAACAGCCACAGGUUUCCCGCCCCCACUGUAAUGGGUUUUAUAGAGCUAUGAGUAUAUAGCAGACCAUUUGAACCAUAGUUCUGAAGCAGCCGUUUAUGCGAAGGGUCCAGUUUUAUGAUCUAUAAAAAGAAUAAGUUGAAGAAACUCACAAGGAUGGGGAACCUGUGGCCCUCCAGAUGUUAUUGGGCCACAACUCCCCCCCCCACACCUUGAACCAUUGACCAUGCUGGCUGAGACUGAUUUCUACAUCCACAGGCUCCCCAUUUUGGAAUAAACUCCAAUUAGUCUAAAAGCGCAUUAAGCAUACAACCGGAUGCUUCAGAGAAGCUUAUAUGUAGGUCAUAAAGAUAAUAUUACCCUUUUUCGUAUGUUUGCAGAGAAUAUGGAGAUUCCAUUUUUAAGGCCAAAGUAGACAAGGCACAAGAGAAAUUUGUAAUUUUGCACAUUGUGAAAUCAGCCUCAUAGUUCGGAUUGAUGCAGGGUUGGUUUCACGAAGGCAACAGAAUGCUACAGCAGAUGUUUCAUUCUGCUUUUUUUCCUGCUCCCAGAGGGCUGGGAUGAUAUUUUGUGACAGAAGCUGGCAAAAGGGAGCAGUAAAGCCAAUGAUACAGUUAAUUUAUUUGGCCUGUCUUCUUACUGCACAGAGUGGUGGGAAUUACGUUGUGUAGUUAUUACAUUUAUAUCCCGCCCUUCCUCCCAAAGGAGCACAGGGUGGCAAUUACACAACCUCAGGGUCCUGCACAGGAAUAUAAUUAAACAUGGAUUACCUGGAUGUCCUUUCUUGGCAACUGCUUAAUCCCUUUCACUGUGUGCAUUUCAUUCAUUCUCUCUUUCCCCCUUUAAGCAUGUUUCUCAGAUGGGGAAUACCCAAACGACUAUUGCCAUCUGGUAAGUCAGCAAUAUCGGACAACUAGAUGUUUUUGUUAUAUAUUAUUGCCUCCCUUAACCCAUGCAUCUGCAUGCACAUUUGUGUAUACCUUUCUUACAGAUAUUACCAGAUUCCGAAGCAGCCAAAGAUACACAGGGUACGAAACACAAAGGAAAACAAAAAUUUAAAGUGAAGGAAAUGUAUCUUACUAAACUUCUUUCUACAAAGGUAAGUGCUGAACUUUAUUUAAGGCUAGGCCAGAAAAGAUAAGAUUAAGAAGCUUCACAAAGAUAACUGAUGUGACUUAAAAACAUGGAAUGACAUUGUAGAACCUAUAGUGACCACCUAUAGCUCUUUUUUUCUUCUUGGCACAUGCAGCUCAACUGGGCUUCCCCAUUCAUUUACAUGAAAAGAGAAUUAUUGCGUACAGAUGCAUUCAGAGCUGCCCUUCCAUUCAGAUGGAUCUGAAGUAUAAGAGAACACUGAGAAAUGGCUUUUAUACAUUGUGAUGGUGCCAGUCUUGAAUGGGUGACUGAAGAGUGUUCAGCUCCAUUCUUGUUGCACAAAUUGUCCUUGAUAGAUGGAGCUCGUUGUUUUGUCUAAGCAAUAAAACCAUUGCCUUCUUAUUUCUUUCAAAGGUUGCAAUUCACUCAGUUGUUGAAGAGCUGUUUAGGAGCAUUUGGACUUUACCAAACAAUAAAGCCCCAGUUGCUGUCAAGUAUUUUUUUGACUUCUUGGAUGCUCAGGCUGAAAAUAAGAAAAUUACAGACCCUGAUGUGGUCCAUAUAUGGAAAACUAACAGGUAUAUAUUUACAAAUGUGCUUCAUGCAAAACUCAAACAUAAUAAUGCAUGAACUGGCAGUAUGUUCAGCAGUGAAGGGCACAUUGGGACUAUACUAUCAACUGAGGACAUGAUUAUUUAUUAGGCUGCUAACUUGCAUGAAGCACUGAUGUUAAAUUACUUUUAGUGGGAUUAAUAAACUUUUCCUGAAACAUUAUUAAUUUGAAGUUUGCCUUUUCUCUUGCCAGUCUUCCUCUUCGCUUCUGGGUGAAUAUACUGAAGAACCCUCAAUUUGUUUUUGAUAUUAAAAAGACUCCACAUCUUGAUGGCUGUUUGUCAGUAAUUGCACAAGCGUUUAUGGAUGCCUUUUCUCUAUCAGAGCAACAACUGGGAAAGGUAGUAUCUCGAUUUCAUGUUUUACACACCCUUUCCUUAGGCGAUACCUUCCAAACCAUUUUUUCCACAGUACUGUCCCUACUGAAGGCAAUCAUUUUACUCCAGACCAUUCUUCUGUAAUUCAACAUUCACUCCACUUCACAUGCAUGCCCUGAACUUGCAAGAACUUCAGUGUGCAGGUUUUCACAUUCAGAGUGCUUUGUGGGAUUAGAUCCGUGCACACUAAAGGGAGUUACAUAGUUAAUGAGCCCAUAUCUGGCAUCUGGAGUUGUGUGUAUUACAAUCCUUGCUGCAUCAGGUUCACUUAAUAGACGAAGCUGUGGGAGAUCAAGUAGUUUAAAUUUAACACACACACACCCGAUAAUGGAACCAACUGUCUGAUUUGCACACUGGAAACAUAAUUCCUAUUUUAAAGUUUUUUUAGGUUAGUGCACAAAAAAAGUCAGAAUGGAAAUAAUAAAGGAAAUUUCAGAAGUGCUAGAUUUAUCUUUCAGGCUUCCACAACACUGCUCAUAAAAAAGCAACUGCUGUGCUCUGUUAUAUUUUAAUGCUUAACCCUGUUUAAAGUUUAAAAUUUGAUCCAAAGAUGCAGUUCCCUUUGCAUCUGAGCAAGUGGCUGUGGUAGAAACCUCAAAGCUACCCAGAGGCUUCCCUUUAUUGACUUGUAAUGAACUGGUGCAAUAAAGUGGUUUCUUGAAUGACGCAUUUCUGUGACACCUUGAAAACCCAACAACACUGUUUUCUUGUAGUGUUUCUUUUUCUUUUGGUUGCCGUACCAAAAGUGGGUCAAAAGUUAUGUAACCUACAAGGCUGAACAGAGACCACUACCAGCCAUGAAUUGUGGCUUACUAAGUGCUUGGAUAAACCUCCUGUUCUUUGCUGCCCGCCUGGGACUAUAAGAACAGGAGGCUUGUCACAGGCAUGGCGUCUCACUGUAUAUGGCUAAUGCAGUUUUAAUUUGGAAGCCUUUUUUAGCACCCUCCUAUUCAACACCUGCAAUAUUAAAAAAGAAAAUGACAACAGAGAACAAAACAUGAGGCAUAGUCUUCAUUACUCUACAUGCACCUAUCCAUACACUGUGGGUAACCUUCUUUCAAGGGACCCAGCUGUCUGACUGAGCUGGUGAUAAAUGGGAAGUUGCCCUUCUUGGUGUUCACCCCACAGAUGGUUGUCUUUCAGUGCCAGACCUUUUUAUUCUCCCUGGCCUUAAAUAUCCUUCUUGCUUAGCCAAGGGGCCAUCACCAAAUCAUACUGUAAUAAAAAGGUACACCACCAAAAAUGUAACUAAAACAAACUAUCACAAUCCAUUGCAGCAUUCAGAAACCAUUUUUGUUAGAAAAAUGAUAAUAACUAUAACACUAUAAUUCUAACCCUCACUACCAAAAAGGGGCCUUUAAAAUCUGAACUGCUGUACAGUUAUAAUGCUGUAAACCUGCCAUUUUAUUCUGUGCUUUAAUUGUUUGACACUGUAAGGCAGCCUGACAUUAUUUAUAUUGAAAGAUAGUGUAUAGAAAUUAACUGAAUUUUCACAGGAAUCCAAAAAAAAAAAUUGCAGCAUAGCUGUGACCAUUUAUAACAAUAGUUGUCUUUUGUUUUCUUUUUUAAAGGAAGCACCAACAAACAAACUUCUCUACGCGAAAGAUAUUCCACUUUACAAAGAAGAGGUUAAAGCUUUCUAUAAAGCAGUUAGGGAUUUACCUUCAUUGUCCACUUCGGAGCUAGAAGAAUUUUUAACUCAGGAAUCUAAGGUAUCUUUUCAUUGUUUCUGCCCACAUAUGCAGAUGGUAUGACGGCAUGCUGUGCCUUGGCUGUAAAGGAAGAACUGGCCUCUUGAAUGAGAAACAUCCCAGUGGUGCCCUGCAGACACUAGUAAUGUUUCUCCCUCACCCUGCAUAUUUAUUAACCCAGUUCACACCUAGUGCUAAGCCAGACACAUGAGUUCCUAGAGCAAAGAUUGUGGCCACUGUGUUUCUCCCACAAUGCUACUGAGGCAUUAAGCCAUAGUUUGGCACAGUGUUUAUGUCCAAACCAGUAGAUAAUACCAUGAGCCUAGAUUGGGACAUAACACCUGUGCAGUAGCAGGCCCAGUAGAGUAUCACAGUGGCUGUGAUCUUCACUCCAGAAAGCCAUACAUCUGCUUGCUUGCAUGCAGCCAUGGUUUGGCUCAAUGUUGUCUGCAAGCCAUGUCAUUAUUAACUAUUUCAUAUGCUAUUAGCAUUGUUUCACCAGUUUUCCUUUUCCCCUCACAGAAACAUGAAAAUGAAUUUAAUGAGUCUGCAGCCUUGACUAAAAUUUACCACUACAUAGCAAGAUAUUACGAUGAUGUAAGUUCCUCUUCUUUUCACUCCCUCUCUUUCUCUAGUUACCAAAAUGUUUAGUAGUAUGCCCUUAUACUACACUGUGCCUGGGGCUGCAAAACUUCUGAGUGGUUGACUGAGGAAGUCUGUAAACAUUCAGGCCACUUUAUGAGCAAUGUACAGUGCACAUGUACUUUUUGAUCAGGACCUAAAUAUACAGCUUGGUUCACGUACAUGAGCAGGCCUCAGGUUUGACACAAAAGGAAACAAAUCAGUGUACAAGAGGAGAAAGUGCUCACAUUGCAGAUGGAAUAGAAAACUAUGUAUUGCACUUCCCCUACAAAACAGAACUGCAAAACUUGAUCAAACCAUGGUUUGCAAUUCUCACUUGCAGGGAAAGUAUAAACAAUAAUUUGGAAGUAGCAACAAACUAUGUAUUGCCACAAAGGAAGUGGGGUGAAGUAGAAAGCAUACAGGACCACAUAUGAACCAAGCCACAGUUUGACAUUACAUCCUAAUAAGCCAUAUAUCGUAGGCCGAUUUAGGGGAGUGCGGCUAGUUCAGUCACACUGGGCAUAGAGCUUCAAGAUCACUAAAACUAUGUAGAAUGGAAGGCAGGAGGUGAUUGAGCUUGCCAACUUUUGGCAUUGCACAGGUUGUUGCUGAAAUUUGAGACCCCAAGGACUACCACUGCAUAUAAGGCAUGUCUUUUUACUAUUUAAAAGUUACUUGAAUGUUUUAAUUGUAGAACAGUUCAGCUUGUAUAUUAUAUUUAAACCCAUUUAUUAUAAUGUGCUCUAUUUACAUAUAUAUAUAGGCAUAUUGCUGUUAAUCAGUGGGUUUAAAAAAAAAAUCUACAGUGGUACCUCGGGUUACAUACGCUUCAGGUUACAGACUCCGCUAACCCAGAAAUAGUACCUCAAGUUAAGAACUUUGCUUCAGGAUGAGAACAGAAAUUGUGCAGCGGCAGCGGGAGGCCCCAUUAGCUAAAGUGGUGCUUCAGGUUAAGAAUGAACCUCCAGAAUGAAUUAAGUACUUAACCUGAGAUACCACGGUACUGUCAAAUUAUGUAAGGUAAAAUAAAACUUACUUAUGGCAAUUUUAAUAAUGCACAAACUAUCCCGCAUGUCAGGGGUAGUGGCUUAAUGAGUUGUGUCAGGCUAGUCAGAGCUGAAAAGUUAAUUAAGGAUAAUCUGAUGAGAACAGAGGAAGGGGUACCUGGUAGGACCUGAAACAGGAACCUUUAUCCAAGUUAAGCAAUACGAUAAAAAAAAAGGAGUGACCAAGUCUCACUAAAGUUUAUUGUCAUAAAUACCCGUUUACUCAUCCAAAUUCUAAACACUUUUGAUGCCACAUAUAACUGGGCCACUCCUCUCCCCAUUUCAUCGCUUUCAAAGUGUGACUGAUUAAUCAUCUUAGUAUAAACAUGCCCCUUAAAAUCACACCCCAUUCUUACAGCUGCUGAAAAUGUUUCAGUCUGUGGCUUUGGAAUAAAGGAUGUGGUCAUUUUAUAGAUACAAAUUUCUGCUUUGACUUUGUUAUGCCACUGGGGGACGGGACAGCUUUCCUAUUUUGGCUGUAUCUUUCCUCAUGACUGUUGUACAUGGAUAUGCUUACUUUCAUAUUGUGCUGCUACCAUUACAUAAAUUUGGGCUUGCAUUUGCUAAAUGUUUGUGGUUUUUAAUUUAGAUAGCUCUUGUCAGUGGAAGUGUUUUAUCUUGUGAUUGACAAUAAACUUACAAACAACAAGUUGCAUAGGCUGGCAUUAGAAGGAACGUGGUUUGCUCAAGCAGAGCUACUGUGACACUGAAAAAAUGUGUUAAAAUAAGGCUGCACACAUUUCUUUUGUUUCCAUAGAUACUGAAUAAAUUGGAGAAAGAACGAGGGCUGGAAGAAGCACAGAAGCAGCUGCUGUAUAUAAAAGCCUUAGCUGACGAAAAGAAAAAAUGCAAGUGGAUUUCAGAUGAAUCAACUGCUCCCUUACUAAGCUAGUAUGAACUUUAAAAACUGCUACUGCAUUCAAAGCAUCAAGUUCUCCUCAAGCAUUAGUAGUCUGCAGCAACUGUAAGUCCAGAUGGGAAUGAGCAUCCCUAGCUGCACCGAAGACGCAUCUCAGAGAAGUCUGGAUAAACAUUACAUUGUUGAUGUAAAUAUGCAGCCGUGUGCAUAGGACUGGAAGCUUGCUGCCAUGUGCAGAUUUCCCUUGCCAGAUCAAAGCCACUGUGGGGAGCAAGAUGCUGCACUCAAUAGAGGCCUUGUCUGAUGCACCAGGGAACAUCUUACAUUAAGUAAUUUUGUCAGUAUUUUAACCACUUUUGAUGUGGGUUUUUUUGUUGUUGUUUUCCGGCUUUUUUAAAAAAGGCCCUGAGCCACAAAUCUAUAAAAACAACGUGCUUACAUUUCAUUUUCAGCACAGUGCUCCAAAGGCCCACUUUGCCAAAAUAAUUUCCUUACCUCACUGAACUGAGACAGCCUCCUUCUCUAAGUUCCACAUGAGCACAAACAUGCAGUAUGUUCCAGAUGCUUGGGUGCGGCAGCCUUAAGAAGCAUAACCACUGGAUCUAGGAGGCCCAGCCUGCUGAGGUCAUUUGCAGCUUUCCAAGAAAAUAGUUUGUAACCAACGUGGAAUGAUAUGGGACAGUUUUCAUACCUUCUUGUGGAGAAGCAUGCAGAAUGGAUUGGCUGGCUCACAUCCCACUGGAAUUUUCAACUGCUAUAGCUGUGUCCAGCAUUAUGUAUGUUCUAAACAUUUCUUCCCCCUGCAUAGACAAUAGAUGUUUCAAAACAAACUCAGGGACCAUGAAGUAUUAAGGUAUUUUUAAAUGACUCUUCUUCUGAGGCAGAAAAGGUUGCUCUGAUUUAUUUUGUACCUGCAGUUGUUUAUAUUUUUUUAAAUGGUAGAUAAAUGGAAGGAUUAUCAAAAUAAAUUCUACAUAGCUUUGCAAGUACAUGCAUCACGUUUUCCAGCUGGGGGAGCUACAGUAGUCUUUGGUCACCUUAAAGACUAACACACAAGCUUUCAUGGCCCACCGUCCAUUUUAGCAGAAGCAUAAAGUGUUAUGCCGAGUUGGCAGGUUAGAAAUGCUAGAAGUGCAGACUGUGACAAUCAAUGAAAUUAAUACAACUAUCUUGGCAUUGGGAAGCAAAUUAGCAGGUCACUUCUGCAGGCAAUACAAAUGAAUGGGAAGACUCACAAACAGUGUUCAACACUAUAGGAUAGUUGUCUUACCAGGAACAAUGCAGGUAUUUUUUCAUGACGGAACUGCUUUGUAAAGUGCACCUCUGAUAUUAACCUCUACCUUAGCUUAUGAAACUAAUGUAGGUGUCAAGCUGUGUUGUUGCUCGUAGAACCUUUGAUUGGCUUGAUAACCGUAGUAUCUUGCAUCAGUCAGAGGAACUAAAUAGUGAAACGAAAUAUUUGUGACAAUCUGCAGAUGAAAGGAUAUUAUAACACUUAUUGUAAACUGCGUAAAACAAUCAAAACUUAUUUUCAGACGUAUGCAGGUAAAUAUUUCGUCUGAUCAUGAUACAUCUAAUAACUCCUCUUCUAUGAAAAUGACAUUUGUAUAAAAAUGCAUUGAUGAAAAAUACAUUGGAUAUUUACAUGAGAUGUUUAUUUCAAAUACAAAGUAUUUGUUGUUUACUUUGCUAACUUGUCUUUUUGUUUAACUUGAAGUGUAUAUAUAAUUAAAACUCAAAAGCAACUC